CCGCCCUGCUACUCGCUAGUGCAAGAUGGAGAAGCGAAUGUAACACGCAUUCGAGGUAAGCAGAAAUACUUAUUCCAUUGCUUUGACAGUGGUUUGGGCCAACCAGUUGUAACGUUGUGCUUCUCUGACAAUUACAAUCGAUGAUCUGAGCCCAUCGCUGAGACUCAAGACCCCAAAUCUGGUAUCAUUUUCGGGUAAAGUACCGAUCUUAUGAUGUGUAAACCGCCAUUUUUAAUUUAGCCAUGAUCCCACUGAUAGAGCAUUGUGCGGAGCUCUCACUGCAAGCUAGUUAGCUCGCGCUAAACCCACAAACAUACACAUUUUUACACUCCUGUUCACUGAGAAGGUAUGUCUGCCCCUGUGUGAUACAACGGAUCAAAGCAGCGAUCUCCUCUGUUCAUGUAGGCAACUCAUUUUCCUCAGAAAGAAACACAUUGAUAAGAGAUGAGAGAAUGUGUGUCAAGUUGCAGAUUUGACUUUUGGUAAUCUGCUAACAUUAGCCAUCAAAGCUGCACUGGAGCCGGACUAACUAACAUCAGCAUAACUGUUAGUAAACCUUUCUAACGCAGUCUAACAGCUUUAAACUUUGUAUAUGUAAGGCCCGAACCUCACUGAACCCCAACAAUCUAACGCUGGGUAGGUAAAUUACAACAAAGUUAAUACUUAAACUUCUGUUGGUCAUUUUUUGAAUAUUCUGAUUCAGAUCAGUUCACAACUACAGAAAUGUCGACGUUGGUUGUUGUUUAUUUCAUUAUAAAAGACGUGUCGUAAUUAUUUUGUUGAGAAACGAAGCACAAUAUUGCCAAAUGGGGUCAUAACGAUAACUGCUCAUACACAAUGCAUUAACGAGUCUUUGUUAGCAAGUCAGGGACCUUAUGUGCUCAACCAUACUUCACUGAUGUAUGGCAUGGGAAAGCAAAGGAAAACUGCCUUCAUCACUAGACCCAAUCUCAAUCAGUUACCAUAGUGAUGACAGUACAUCACCAGUAGUGGCCAGGUUGUAAAGAUUGCUUGGGAUGGUACAUAUUUUUUUUCUUUCUGGAGAACCUGCUAAUUACACUUAUAUUAUGAAAACUUUGGCAUUUAUAUACAGUUAAAUAACACAGUUCUACACAAAUUCUACUUCAGGAAGCUUCUAAGUGUAAUGAUUUUUGUUGUUGACAGGACUAGAUAGGUGUUAUCAUAUGUCAUAUAUUAUUAAAGACAUAGUUGUUGGUGAUAGUGGUGUACAGAGGGGUCUGUUAUAUUAAGAGAUGGCCCUCACAUCUAGCCCACUCCUUUGACAGACACAAUAGGGGAAAAAUAUAAGAACCCUUAUUGUAAUCCACUCCACCAACAGCUUCUACAAUUCAACUGUCACCCAUCUGACCAUGACAACAAAAGCUGAAAAUAUAGUAGCGUUGUAAAAGUAGAACUUCUCAGAGUUCUUAUGUUGGGUUGUGUAAGAUUACACAGGUUUUCAUAAUAAUAUGGCUGGUUGGUGUUUAUGACUGUGAUCAAAAGCCAAGGUCAUGUGAUCACAAAUUUGUUUGUGAUUGUGUUCCCUUAUUUUAAAGUCUUGAAAGCAUCACAUGACUGUAAGAAAACGAUGUCCUAUAUUUCUGAAUGUGUGUUAUCUUAAAAAGAAAGCAGUGCUGAAAUUUGUUGUUUAGUAAUGUAAUUUGCAGUUGAUUACUCUUGAAGUUAAUAGUGUAGGCCAUCAUGCGUAUUACUAAAACAAGCCCUGGCUAAGCGGCCCUGGUUUUGGCAUUGAAUUUGGAUACACUUCCGUAGGACAUUUUUUAGAGGGGUGAGGUUGAGUCCAUGUACCUGUGAAACAUUAAUAACUCACAUGCAAGCUUGACAUCAACCACGCAUAUUUUCAAUGAAAAUAAAUGCUUUUCAUGUUGAUUUUUUUGUAUUCUUAGAUUAGAUUUUAAAACAACACUCAUUCCACAUGCUCAUUUGAAAAGACUUGAGAUUUUGUGUUUAAUGCAACACAGGUCGAGCAGAGAAACAUACUCAGUCACAUUUGCAUUCAAGAUGAAACCAUUCAGACCUCAAGACAGGGGUUGGCUUUUGGUGGCAGUUAAAAGUAUUGCUAUUAGUGAGCCCAAUAGAGUUUUCUUUGAACAUCAGGGAAAAGUCAUAUGCUCAGCUAUAGCUGCUCACAAAUUUAGUAGUGACAGUUAGAGAGUUCUGCUUUUCUUAGUACACAGUGGUUUGUGCAUUCUCACUAUUUCUUGGUGUAGUUGAAUUGGGCACUGCCAUAGAGACUCAUCCUUGACAUUAGUUUUAUCCAGUGUGAAACAUUCAGUUAUAGCAUUUUUUUUUUUUUGCUCAAGAAACUUAUGUCAUCUGAUAUAUUUUUUUUGUGUUUUCAGAUAGUUAAAAGACACUGCAAAGCCAACAAAGGAUGAGUGGUGGAACUACUAAACCAAAGCAGUUUCUGGUAUGUACAGCCAAUUUCUUUUCUAUACUGACUGAGACAACAGUAUACACUAAUUUUCCAUCACUAUUUGCUGCUAAGCUUCUACAGUCUUAAAAAGUAACCUAUAUCUGAACUGAAGAAAACUCAAUUUCAUGAAAAACCACAACAAUAUUGGAAUGAUUUUUUCUGUAUUUUGAGUGAAAACAGAUAAACGAGGGUUGUUUUCUCCAGGAAAACGAAUGAGCAGAAACUCUUUUUGUUGGUAAUAGAAAGUGAAAAUUUAAUAGCGCAUAGUUCCUCUCAAGGACGUUUCACUCAUAAUAUUUAAGGGUAAUUUCCUGGAAUUGUUUAUUCAUUCUGAAAGUGAUGGGUUUAUGAACUAUAUUUUGCAUUUGUCGUAGUUUAUUUUGGUGUGUUCAGAAAAGCUAAGUGGAACAGGGUCUGUGCAGCUCUUGACAUCAGAAAUUACUUUUAAAUCUUCCAUAUGAUCUUUAAAUUAGAGAAAUCAAGUGUGGCUGUGGCAUUUGAUCUGUGGUGGAAAUAAUUCCUGAGUGUUUUCCCAAAACUUGUUCAUGAUAUUGAAGACAUCACCAAGCACAGUACACAAAGUAUAUAUUUUGAUAACUGCGGACUUGUAACCAUGCAAUGAGAAUAGAGUCAGUCAGUGUUUUAGACUUGAAAUUUGAAAAAUGAUUGAAUACAAACCCUGUUUUUAACUGCAGUAUAGGUUUGUGCAUUUGUCAUGCAGCAGACAGUGCCAAUAUUUGUGACAGGCAAGUACAUUCUUACAUGACCACAUCAUUGCUUAAAACAAUGGAUGAUGGCCAAAAGAUGUUAUCAGAUGCCUUUAGAUAUAUAUUCAUGUGCAAACAUAGUAGUGAAACUAAUUCAAAGAUAACCAAGAAAAGAAAAAGAAUGAAGAAAAAAAGAAGACAAUCAUAUAAGAAAUUGUUAUUAAUUUUCCAAAAAAUUCCAACGAAAUUUCGCUAGUCUAUAAAAAGAUGGAAACUCCACAUGAUUUUUAUAUCCUUCCUACUAUGAAAACAGUUGCUCAGCAUUCAAAGGUUGAAGAAAUUUUAAGUUGCUGCAGUGUAUCACUGCUCUGUGUGGAGGUUGGGCCUCAAAUUUGAUGAAAUAUAUAGCUGUAUUAAUAAUAUCUAAGUUACCCGAUAAUGGCCUGUUAUGCCACCAAUGUCAAUGUUAUGUUAUGUUAUGUCAACCAAAGCUAUUUAGAAUAGCUCAGGAACAACGAUUUACAGUUUACUGUAAUUUUAAUUAAAAUUUAAGAGGUACCAUGAUCAAUUGAAUAGAAAUACUUAAAUUUAAGGUACUAUUUAAUACUUAGGUAUUUAAGGUUAUGCGAUAUAUAACAUGCAUGUGGCUAACCUGGUAAAAUGUUAGUGUUUCUGUAAAUAUUCUUAAGAUGUGUUGAUGCGUUGUGUUUAGAUGUAUGAUGGUAGAUGGUUCAAAAUGAAUUUCAUGUACAUUGCUUCUCAUACAAAUAACAAUGCGGAAGUGCAGGGUUAAUUGUUGUCAUAGAUUUCAGUCAAAAUCAUUUAAAGGAUUAGAUUUCUAUAUUUAUGUUAAUGUUUGUUUGCAGCUUAUAGUUGCAGAUACUUGUGCUAAUCUUUUAUGCCAAGGACCUUGUUAAAUGUAGUGUGAAUUUAUUGUACAGAGAACCAGUUGCCCUUUAUUCAAACAUGCUGUGCAUCAAUAAACAGUGGCUACUCAUUGCCUGCCUUAACGUUAUUCACUUUUUGCACACUACCCAGAGUCAUGAUGACUGUGCCAACAGCUAGUGCAUAUGUACAAUGGAAACAGGCGCGGAUACUGUGAAAAAUAAAACAGCGAACGGAUAAACAUAGUUGAAUGCCGAGCCGGUAGCCUCUGGUCAAUUUGCCCGACCGAAAACUGGAAACAAAACUCGCAGUGUCACGUUAGACUCGUCAACUCGACAAUGAUUCAGCGAGUUAUUAUGCGUUUCUGCUUGCUACCCAACUAACGGCGGCUAGCUUGCUAGCGCGUGCUUCGACAGUCUAGCUGAGGAACCGGGAUAAGAGGCGUCUCAAAGUAACGCUACCUGACUUGAGGUAUUUGACACCUACCAAUCUUAACGCUGCUGGACUUCGACUGGUGUUUACGGUUCCGUUUUUACCGAAAGCUGCGAUGCUGCUUGAGUGAGGAGUGCGGGCUUGUUUUGCGGCCUGUGCAGCCUCGACCUAAAUUAGUCCAGAGUCAGGUCAGGACAGCAUGGUGAAUCUGUGAAAGCUGAAAUGACAGGUCUCGCAUAGAAGUCUAAAUCUUAAGGAUUGUAAGUUAGCUAUAUUGCUGACGUAGUGUUGAUUGCACCCGUUUCAUCAGGGGGUUUGGUUGACUUUAGUGAUGUCUGGUGAUGUUCAGUUGCUUUGAAGUAUUGGAGAGGCAGACCAUCUGCUAGCGUUACCGGUAGCUUUCCGUUAGCAGGUUUUGAGGCUAACGUCAACUCCGUUGUGAACGUUAGCAUAAGAUUUCUUUGAUACUUUAGUCUCUUCAACUCGACUUGCUGUAUUUUUGAUUUACCAGAGACAGGUAAUUUUGUCUUACAGGAAUUAAUUGUGCCCCCAUAUUUGUACAAUGACGGUGGUCGGAGGUAAAUAACGUUAAAGCUGUUAGCAAGGUUGAACUUAGCUUAUUAGCUUGGUAACUAUAACUUUACCUGUCAUCGUUUAGUCUCUUUAGUUAAUGAUAGGCACGCAUACGGUGGAAAAGCGAUGUGUUUUUGUCUAUAUGUCACAUAAAUCAUAAGUGUGUGGAACAUGAGAAGAAUGAUUUAGACCAUUAAAAGGGCCCCAUCUGAUUUAAUUAACUUUGUGUCGUAUGUUGCUAGCUAGCCACUGGCUAAUGCUCUGCACUGGUCUGCUCUGUGAUGAUCGGUCCUCAUCUAAAGAAUCGAAACAAACUGAGUUGCAUCGUAUUCGUAUGACCAAAGACUGUGAACACGUUUGUGGGUUAAAAUAAAUAGGUAUAGAAAGAUAUUCAUGUGAAGGGAUGUUGCUGACUAGCUGAGUGCUUUGUUUGGAGUUAAAUGAUUUAAUAUCAAGUGGUUACCUCCUAAUUUAUUCACAGAUUUACUGUUUUUAUUGAUGUCUUUUGAGAUUAUUUUAUCUUAUACAAGGGUUAACUUUUGUAAAAUCCAGUGUGGGUUUUACCAUGCAGGGUGAUGUUGCUUAUUUCUUUUAUGUCUCAUUUUGCAGGUAAAAUGACUGAAAAAUGCUGUUAAGUGGGUAUUGCCAAGUUAUUUUGUGUGAGUACAUUUCAAGCUUGUUUAAAAGUCAAGUAUUUAUGAUCUUGCACCUGUCUUAUAGUUUAAAAAUAUCGCAGAAUUUGGUCUCACAUAGUAUUAGUUUCAGUUUUGAGUUAUACUAGUUGUGUUGCAGAACAUUGAAAUGUGUUGUAACUUGCUUCCUGACUGGGAUCAACAUUUCUUCAUAGGAGCAACCAUUAGAGAUUAUCGACAAUGAAGGUCGACAGAAGCAAGUUAAAGAAAACACCUACGGAAGCUGUGAGUAUUUAGCUUUUUUGCUCUACUUGCUUAACUGUAGAAGGGGUGCCAAAUUGUGACACUGAUCAAGUGAUUUUUUUUUUUUUUUAUCUUCAAUUUAGAAGGUCUUCGGAAAUGUUGCAGAAGUUAAUUUGAAUAGUGAUACUAAAAGAAAUUUUAGUUUAGGGUGUUGGUUUUUCAAAGUUUGGCUCGGGCACAAGACAGAAAUGUGUUGUAAUGUUGUCACAUGCUGCUGUAACAGUAUAGCUUCAGCAUGUAGUGCUGAGAUUAAAGGGUAGGUGGGCUUUUGCUUGUCUAACCAUUUAUUUUUUUCUUCUUUUGACCGUGAAGCCUGCGGACUGCAGGAUACUUAUCGAGAAGCUAAAGGCAUGCAGUGAUGAGCAGCUGCUGGUUGAGCUUCAGCACAUCAAGACCUGGAAUAUUGGCAAGGUAAGCUCAUGUGAAAAGAGCAUGUGAACCAAUCCUCAUGCAUUUGCUGCUGUGCUGCUACAUCAUCAGUACAUAAGUCGAGCAUGAAUGUUGUGUUAUGCUAUGUGAGCUUUUAAAUUAGUGAACACUGUAAAAAUUUAAGACAACAAAAAAUGUCUUGUAGAUUAAUGUUUUCAAAUUUGACUGGACAGGCUACAAGCACACUGUAUUACUUUGGAGCUUCAAUGUUUUGAAGCUACUACAUGCCGCAAGUGCAAUACAGCAAAAACUGCAGUUCGGAUUUUUUCAUUUACAUGUUUUUCACAACAGAAUGGACAUGAAAUAUAAAAAGUGGUUAUGGUCUAAAUAGACUUUGCGUCAACCAGUAGCUGCUUUCAUUCUUUGGAGCAACGGUUAGUUUUUUAACAAUAAGUUUGUCAUGAGGUCUAAAACACACAAAAAGUAUGAAUUCAAUUGACUUGUUGUAGAUAGACAUUUCAACUGCUUUUGUACAGGUAUUUCUGGAUUACUCACAAAAUUAACACAGUCUCUCUUUUAGAGAGCACUUUAAAAUUGCAUAUUAAGUUUCUCCUUUCAAGUUGGCAAAAUCUUGUAUAAAAUCAGGUUUUGAUUCUUGCCUGACUAUGAAUAGAUUUAUGGUGGUUAAAUAUCUCCUGUAUGGCAUUUUCUUACAUUUGUACACUGUUGCAAAAUCAGUGCAUACAAUACUAGAUCAUCAUCACUAUUAGGUUCUUGGUAUAAUCAUAGAGUCCCAAACCAAACCAAAAAUAAGCCACCUCAGGAGUAAAAUGUUAUCAUGUUAUGAUAUUUCACAGCUGUUCUACUGCAGGGAAAUCUAUCAUAUACUUGGCUCUGACUCGGCAUCAUCUACGCCAUAACUCACCAUAACUGUUUUCACUUGAAGAAAGUUGUUUCAUAUGUAUUUGACAAGUUUGUAAAGCGUUGACUUUUUUUCAUGUCUUCAACAGUGUGAGCUUUACCACUGGGUAGAUCUGCUAGAUCGCUUCGAUGGCAUUUUGUGCGAUGCAGGCCAGACAGUGGAGAACAUGUCAUGGCUGCUGGUGUGUGACCGUCCGGACAACAGCCAGCUCAAAGCCCUGCUUCUGGCAGUGCUUAACUUCACAGCACUGCUCAUUGAGUACAGCUUCUCAAGGCACCUGUACAGCUCCAUAGAGGUAGGCGUGAACUUAAAGUACUCAGCGUCAGUACUCUACUGUACCGGACAACACAUUUUGCUAAGGAAACUAUGAUGCAGCUCACUAACUUGUCUUGUAUUUAUCACUUUAUUUUACAGCACUUAACCACCUUGUUAGCAUCAUGUGACAUGCAGGUGGUCCUUUCUGUGCUGAACCUGCUCUACGUGUUCAGCAAACGUUCAAACUACAUCACAAGGCUGGGAUCCGACAAAAGGACCCCCCUACUGGCCCGUCUACAACACCUAGCUGAGGUCUGGUGGAUGCAGUUGUUUUCCUUUGUCAUUGUCCAGCUGUCUCUCAAGUGAAAGAGCCUCAUUGUUUAGUUUUUUGUUCUCCUCUACAGAGCUGGGGAGGAAAGGAGAAUGGCUUUGGUCUGGCCGAGUGCUGCAGGGAUCUGCCGAUGGGGGUAAGAAAUUUAAGGUUGCUGGAUGACUGUCACUGCUAGCUACCUAUUGCUCUAGGACUAUUAGCUGUCUGAUGUUUGUGGAAGUGGUACAAUCCCAAUGCCAAAAAAUCUGUGUAUAAUGUCAGUUAAGAACUGCUUAUAUGUUUUCAAGUAAUUUAAACCUUAUUUAAUUUAUUAUUGUGCAAAACAACAAAUGUUGAAACUGGCUAAUUUGAUUGCCUUAUGAAAAACACAUACUUUUUUAAUUUGAUGCCAGCAACACAUUUAAAAAAAUAUGCAACAAAAUUGCAAUAAGUCGUGUAAUACUAAAAAAAACACCUGUAGGAGUAUCUCACAACUUAUUUUGAGAAUUUACAGCUGGUAAGUAACAUGGGUAGAAAAGGGAUUUAUUUAGAGGCUGAGUCUCUCAAAAAUGAAGAUGGGGAAAAAAUCACUACUGUGAGAGAGACUGUGCGUACAAGUUUAAAGAUUUUGGAAUUUAUUGUAUUUGGUACAUAUUACAACUAACAGAUUGAGAAAAUGUGAAGAAAUAUCUGUACAAGAGGGUCAAGGUUGAUAAACCUGCAAUCUAAGACCCUCUACACCCAUUGCAUUGGCUCAAAACCACCUCAUCAGUAUGCAGGUUCAAAAAUAUACCAUGCAAUGCAGGAAUCAUGCCAAUAUAUUAAAGAAAUGCAGUCAACUUCUUUGGGCCUAUGCCCAUUUUAAAUCAACUAAAAUUUGACAUAAUUUUUGGAAUCAUAUUUUUUUGCUACUCUAGUUGAUUCCCUUUUCAGGUAAGAUCCUGCAUGUUCAGCAAAUAAUGCAGAACCACGUUCUGCUGGCGUUGCGUCAGCAUAACCCUUUCGUAGAGUCUAGGAGCCUAACUGGCCUGCACUUAUUCUGGACCCUUCACCCAUUAGAAAUUUGGCGUAUUAUAAAAAGAAAACUGUGAUAAAGGAGACCCUGAUUAAUGGCUGAAAUCUUUUAUCAAGCAAGACUGGGAAAACAUUUCACUUUAAGAACUCCAGAAGCUCCAAGAUGUUUACAGAGGUGAUGCAACACAGUGGUACACACGUCUCUGUCCAAGCGGUUUAAAAACAUGUUGCUGGCACAAAAUUUAAAAUGAGCACAGUUUUUCAUAAAAGCUUUCUAAAUUUGAUAUGUGGUAGAUGCAUUAUUUUCUAUUAAAUAGAGGAUGUAAAUGGUUUGCAAACCAUGGAUUACUUUUUUAAAAACAUAAUACAGACAGGCACUGGGCCAAAUGGACUUAUAAAAACGCCAAAAAUCAAAUCAGACAAUAGAAUCAUAAUGAGAUCAAAUGCCGUUAUACUCUAGGAAUAUGUGAAAAAGCAAAGUCAUACUUGACAUCUUAAAUAAAGUUUUUGAAUAAUAAUUAUGUAUACUAACUCUUCAACUCUUUUCUUACCAUGCGGCCUUUGGUGGUACAUGAGCAGAAGUACCCUCCUAGUGCCACCACUCUGCACUUUGAAUUCUAUGCUGAACCAGGUCCUGAAGUCAAAGUAGAGAGGAAGGUAUGGUCAAAGGCUUUUUGUUUGUCAUACUAUUAUCUCUGCUCCCAUGUUGUUAUGAACACAAAAUGGACUCAUUUAUCUAUUUAUUUGUUUGUUCAUGUCUAAAUGUUUUCACUUGCUUUCCCCUAGCAGACGAGCAGUAACACGCUACACUAUAUUCACAUCGAGCAGCUUGACAAGGUAAAGUGGGUAAUGUGUCAUCUGCACAAUUCAUCCUAAUAUUCAAGGUUUCUGCAUAUACAUGGUGUCCUGUGUCUCUCAGAUUUCAGAGAGCCCAUCUGAGAUCAUGGAGUCGCUGACAGUGAUGUACAACAUCCCUAAAGACAAGCAAACCCUGCUGUUCACACACAUUCGACUGGCCCAUGGUUUCUCAAAUCACAAGAAGAGGUUGCAGGCUGUGCAGGCCCGACUGCAUGCAAUUUCUAUAUUGGGUUAGUAGACUUCUUUGACCAAAGAUUUAAAGUGGGUGUGUUUUCCGUGUCUUUACCCCUGACUUUGUGUUUGUUUGCAGUGUAUUCAAAUGCACUCCAAGAGUCAGCCAACAGUAUUCUGUAUAAUGGCUUGAUAGAGGAGCUGGUGGAUGUAUUACAGAUUACAGACAAACAGCUUGUGGUGAGAGAGUAUACAUUUGUAGUUCUAUCUUUACACCAAUUGCCACUCCUGCACCAAUAUUAUUUCUAAAUUCGUACACUGACUGUAUGAUUUUGUUCUUCAGGAUAUCAAGGCAGCCUCUUUGCGCACUUUAACUUCAAUAGUCCAUUUGGAGAGGACACCUAAACUUUCAAACAUCAUCGACUGCACUGGCACUGCCUCCUACCAUGGGUUUUUGCCUGUGUUAGUGCGGAACUGUAUUCAAGCAAUGAUUGGUAAGACUGAAACCCUCAUUUUUUCUAACUGAAAGUGGGAUGAACUUUAGAAGCCUGUUUCUCAACUUUUGAUUUCUGUUUUCUAGACCCACUAAUGGAACCUUACCCACACCAAUUUGCCACUGCACUAUUCUCAUUCCUCUACCACUUGGCUAGCUAUGAUGCUGGAGGGGAAGCCCUUGUCUCCUGUGGCAUGAUGGAAGCGCUCCUGAAGGUACCACUUGACUCUGCAAAAAUAUCUUCACUAAUCAUAGUCUCUUUAGAAAAUGCUUACAUCUGCACUGUUGACUUUCACUUUCUAGGUGAUCAAGUUUCUGGGUGAUGAGCAGGACCAGAUCACCUUUGUAACACGAGCAGUGCGAGUUGUGGAUCUCAUCACUAACCUUGACAUGGCUGCCUUUCAGUCCCACAGCGGCCUUUCCAUUUUCAUCUGCAGGCUAGAGGUUGGUUUUGUAUAUUUUUAUAUUUCGUCUUUGUUGAAAGAGUAAGUGACACUUUUACUUAUUACCUUAUUACCUUUCCAAUUACCUUUAUGUAGCAUGAGGUGGACCUGUCGAGGAAAGAGUGCCCUUUUGUCAUCAAGCCAAAGAUUCAGAGGCCAAGUGCAGCUGUGGAGUCUGAAGACAUGGACACAGACAUGGAGAGUAGGUUGACAUUUGUGUGACAAAUAAGAAGUUUUAAUAUUAAAAAAAGGAUUUUUAUAUUAUAAAGAAUAUCCCACCUGGCCUGUUAAUUUACAACAUUAUGUUUGCGUGUUUUUUUGUUUUCUUAGUGUCAGAAGUUGCCAUGGAGAGCAGCCCUGGACCGUCCACAUCCUCUGGUUCCAGACCAGAGGCGGACCAUCGAGCACAGAGCAGCACUGCUAACACACCUCGUGCUGGUACGUUCAACAAACUCAUCACAAAACUUUGUUUUAAAAAUGUACGAUUUUACUCAAUCACCAAUAUGACACUGUGUCUGCAGGUAUGCAGUGUAUCCCUCAGCGGGCAGCUCUGUUGAAGUCGAUGCUGAAUUUCUUAAAGAAAGCCAUCCAGGACCCUGCCUUUUCUGAUGGAAUCCGCCAUGGUGAGACAUUAGUACUCUCUGUUCCCCCUGUUCAUCAGACACACUUGCAAAAGAGGAAAUAUACCAAGUUUCUUUGUCUAUGCUCAAUAGAUUUGUUAUUUAUUGCAUCAAAGUCUGUACAUUUAGUUUUGUAAACAUUUGAUGUUUAUGUGUGCAUGUGUGCCCUUUUCCCCUUCAAGUAAUGGAUGGGUCCUUGCCUACCUCACUCAAGCACAUCAUCAGUAAUGCAGAAUACUAUGGCCCCUCACUGUUCCUCCUAGGUGAGUUCAAAGUCGUGCUUAAAGAGGUCUUUGAAGUUCUUUACACACAGUAAGAGUUGUCAAUCUACCUUUUGUCCUGUGGCCCUGACCAGAGUCCAUCUUUUGCUUUCUUUUUCUUUCUCUCCUCUGCUCUUGUCCAUCUUCUGGGUUUGUAGCGACGGAGGUUGUUACGGUGUUCGUGUUCCAGGAGCCAUCCCUGCUCUCCUCCCUGCAGGAUAAUGGUCUCACUGAUGUCAUGCUGCAUGCCCUUCUAAUCAAAGACGUGAGUUCCCAACACAGCCAUAGAUUACAGCGGUGUGUUUGAAGUUGUUCAGGUUGUAUUACUGCCCAUAACGUCCUUCUAGAAACUAAGAGCACUUGUGCGUCAUGAUUAUGUCUGCCUGUGACCAGACAAGCCUUGGAGCUGUUUUGCAUGGGUUAGGUUGGAAAACAAAUCUUCCUCUUAACUUGCACUGAAUCGAUGCACAUUGUGCUCUGCUAACUUUCUUUUUUAAUUACUGGAGAAAAAAUACCACACAACAUGCAUUGAUGAUUUAUUUUUCUGUGAUGUCGUUGUUACGUUGGUAAUGAAUUGCUUGAGGCCAUUAAGUUUGUUUUUGGAUAAAAAUAUGCGCACCACCUCUGACGUACUUGUUUAUCAACUCCAGGUUCCUGCUACCCGUGAGGUGUUGGGUUCCCUCCCCAACGUGUUCAGUGCCCUGUGCUUGAAUGCAAGAGGCCUGCACUCCUUCGUUCAGUGCCAGCCCUUUGAGCGCCUCUUCAAAGUGCUUUUGUCUCCCGACUACCUGCCUGCCAUGCGAAGGCGACGCAGCUCUGACCCAUUGGGUGAGUUGGACUGUCUGCGUUGUGUAAUUCAGAUCUGUCCCUGUGGAAUCGUCUCAAGUGGAUGACAUCUUAUGUGUUUGGCUUCAGGUGACACUGCUUCCAAUUUGGGCAGUGCUGUGGAUGAAUUGAUGAGGCACCAGCCCACUUUGAAGACCGAUGCUACUACUGCCAUCAUCAAGGUAGUCUACAUAGUUUUUCAAGUGCUGGGACUUCUGUGUGGAUCCACUUGAUUUUAAGACAGUAAAAUCUUUGUUUCAGUUACUGGAGGAGAUCUGCAACUUAGGUCGAGCUCCUGAGUAUAUCUGUCAGAAACCGUCUAUCCAGAAAGCAGAUGGCACUGUGGCAGUGCCACCAGCACGCUCCAGCCACGCAGCUGAAGAAGCUUCCAGUGAGGAUGAAGAGGAAGAGGAAGCCCUUCACACAUUCAGCCAGCAGCAGGGGGAACCAGAGAGCAACAGACAGUCAGUGCCACUUGAACUGUAUGACGCUGAGUUCAUAACACAAUAAAAUAGGACAAUAAGUCAUUCAAGAAGUUGAUGUCUUUCAAGCCAAUCAACUGCAUUUCUAAGAUUUUAGGUUUGGGUUGUCAUUUCAAUGAUGUUUAACUUCUUGCAGGGUGGUGGGCACGGAGGAGCGCAUUCCCAUUCCUUUGAUGGAUUACAUUCUGAACGUGGUGAGUGAUGAGUUUAGAAGAAGGAUCAGUAUUUUGUUUCCUACAGCUAUUCAUUUUUGAUGCACAUGUUUUUCAGAUGAAGUUUGUGGAAUCUAUCCUGAGCAACAACACAACAGACGACCACUGUCAGGAGUUUGUAAACCAGAAGGGUCUGCUGCCUCUGGUUUCUAUCCUGGGUCUUCCCAACCUGCCCAUAGAUUUCCCCACUUCUGCUGCCUGCCAAGCCGUGGCUGGUGUUUGCAAGUCAAUUCUAGUGAGCACAAAAGAAAUAUCACUAUUGAACUUUUGUUCUGUAUAAUACUCAUUCUUUAGUCAGGGCUCAUACAGACUUUGUGAUUUAACCAAAGGACUCAUUUUUAAUCUGCCCUCCCUGAGUAAACUUGAUAAUUAAGAGCUAAAGAAUUAGUUGUCUUUAACAUCAAUAACUGACAUUUCCCUCUUAAUAAUUUCCCCUCAGACUCUCUCACAUGAGCCCAAAGUACUCCAGGAGGGCCUGUGCCAACUGGACAGUAUCCUGACAUCUCUGGAGCCACUUCAUCGACCAAUUGAGAUGCCUGGUGGGUCUGUGCUUCUUCGGGAGCUGGCGAACGCGGGACAUGUCACCGACGCUACGUUGUCAGCCCGAGCCACACCACUGCUGCAUGCUCUUACUGCAGCGCAUGCCUACAUCCUCAUGUUCGUCCACACCUGCCGAGUAGGACAGGUAAAUAUGGAUGAUUUAUCUUUGAAAUAUAAAAUUAAUGCCUCCUCAUUCCUUUUUAAAUGACCAAAAUAUCACUCACACAAGGUUUAUUGCUGUCUGAAAAUGGGAGUCAUUCGAAUAUCAGUGAUUGUGAAGUAAUUGAGGGAAUAUUAAUGUAGGAAAUGCAGUGAGAGGUCCCCUGUGGAAUAGUUGUAGGUUGUACACUGGUUUCAGUACCAUCACUGUGUCGCAGUCUGCCAGGACAUGGAUUUUGCAAUAUCACUGUCACUGGUUUAAGAAUGCGUUUGUAUUUUGAACUCACAUGAUGAGUUAAGUUCUCACACGGCAGAGAUUUAUGUCCCCCCUGCACUGAUGUUGCCACAGCAUGGGGUGAAGAAUGAUUUGUGACUGACAACAUACAGAUUGAAUCCUAGUCAGAGCAGAGCUGCAGCCAGCACACUUAUCAAAGACCACCACCACCUCCUCCUCCUCAUGAUCAGAGCAGAUGUUGCAUUUACAAAGAGAGAGCAUUAGGGCACAGCAGUCAGGUGUGCUAGUGCCCUUUUCUCAGCAAGUCAGAGCGCAGCUGGGAUUUACAUCUUCAUUAAUAAGGCCUCCCUGCUUGCAAGUGUAUUUCAAAGGACGAUUCAGUCUUGAGGUCAAAAAGGUGAAAAGAAGAGGGCUGUGGCUUCCAGUGAAAAUAGCAAUAUAACUCCUACCAGAGCUUAGUUAAUUUAAAGAUAUACAUACGUAUUUGAUUCCUGUCAAACUCUUUACAAAAAAAGUCUCGCAUAGUUUGUUGUUGAAAAACCUCUUUACUGAAACAUCCACCUCAGAUAAUGGCACAUUUUCGGGAGUAACUCAACACAACACGAUACAAACACAGAAGCAGGAGAGAAAGGGAAAUUCAGAUCACAGAGAUGUAAUUACAAACUAUAUUGUACGUAUGAUUCUGAACACGUGGUAGUUUAGGAAAGCAUCUAACUUUGGUCUCAGCUGCAAAUAUCAGUUGAGUUUAUGCAUCACAGUUUUGUUCUGGGGGGAGAGGGGAACACAUGUAACCACACUUUUACACGUGUGACCCCUUUAUAAUAUGUAAUACAACUAUAACAACAAAAAAGACAAAGACAAAAAAAACAUAUGAUAUAGAUUUAAAGUCAUAUCCCCUUUUCCUUUGUUGAUCUUUGCCAACCACUAUCUAGAAACAGUGUUGGAGGAAAUGCAUGUCUAAGUACUAUUUGCGCAGGUUUUCCUUUUACUUCUUGGCAGGUAGUUGCCUAUUAGCAGAAGGUUAGCCCACAUAUAAGUCAGAGCACAUGCCUGACUAGCUUAUUCAACUAUUGCUUGAGUGAGUUGGCAGAGCAUACAGCGUUUACUCAGUGGAAAUAUUCCCAUUAUUUUCAGCUUUUGGGUAAAAGAGACCGGAACAACAUCACAGAGAAAUGUAAGCUGUGCCUGAAGAACAAAGCUUGUCAGCUGCUCAGAACUCUACCUCAAAUUAGGAGAACCAUCUGCUAAACCAAGCUAAACAUGCCUGAAAAGUGUAACUGUGAUUGACACACUCAGUGUUGAUCAAAUAGUAAUGCUUGCUGUUUUAGUUGUUGAAAGGGUUUUCUUAGAUAUGUGAAGAUCAUCACUGAAUAGCUCAGCAGCUCUGAAUGGUUGUUUUUUUUUGUCCUCUACAGAGUGAGAUCAGAGCCAUCUCAGUCAACCAGUGGGGCUCCCAGCUUGGUUUGAGUGUUCUCAACAAGCUCAGUCAGCUGUACUGCUCUCUGGUGUGGGAGAGCACUGUUCUGCUGUCUCUUUGCACACCUAAUAGGUAAAUACCCUCUACCCUCAUUAGUUCACCUCCAUGGACAGCCUUGACCCCUUUAACACCCCUCUUCUGUGUCCAACAGUCUGCCUCCAGGCUGUGAGUUUGGCCAGGCAGACAUGCAGAAACUGGUACCCAAAGAAGAGAAACCAUCCAGCAGCACUGCAGCAACAGCAGCCUCCAGCUCCAGGAAAACAGGUAUUAUAUUUCUUAGCAGUAGGUUUUCAUUAUUAAAGCCCAGUGUGUGCCUGGAGUACACGCCAACAACUGACAUGACAUCUUCCUUUAAUUAGCAGAGUCAGAGGCAGUGUCUGUGGAUUCAUCUGCCAGUGGACUUUUGGAAGGUAUAGGCCUAGAUGGGGACACCCUGGCUCCCAUGGAGACAGAUGAACCCACUACAUCAGAUCCAAAGGCCAAGUCUAAACUGACUCCAGCUAUGGCCACGCGCAUAAAACAGAUCAAACCGCUCCUGUCUGGUACGUUGAUUUGUAUGGCAGACUUUUUUUUAUUUUUAUUCAUGAUCACAUGAAUCUGUUUUAUUGAUUGUCUUCCGUAUUUCUAGCUUCAUCUCGGCUGGGUAGGGCUCUGGCUGAGCUCUUUGGCCUGCUGGUGAAGCUUUGUGUGGGCUCCCCAGUCCGCCAACGCCGUUCACAUCAUGCCACAAGCACAGGCACCACCCCCACGCCUGCUGCCAGGGCCACUGCCUCUGCCCUCACAAAGCUCCUUACCAAGGGUCUGAGUUGGCAGCCCCCACCUUACACUCCCACUCCACGGUUUAGGUAUGAGAAUACCACUUCUACCCUAUGUGCCAUCAUUGAAACAUGCGUUACACCUCAAAGGUCAUAUGGAAUAUUUAUUUUUGACAGGCUAACUUUCUUCAUCUGCUCGGUGGGCUUCACCUCUCCCAUGCUGUUUGAUGAGAGGAAGUACCCAUACCACCUCAUGCUGCAAAAGUUCUUCUGCUCCGGUGGUCAUGAUGCCUUGUUUGAGUAAGUUUUACCCAAUGCCAUUACACACCAUAGCUGUAAUUCUUCCAGAUUUAUCUUUAACUCCAGCUUUCUAAACGAAAGCUGUCAUUGGCCUUGAUGCCCGUGAGAUGUACCACUCAGUAAAAACAGCUGUGAAUUUGAUAAAAUUGGCACUAAUCAACUGCAAAAAGUAGAAUGCAGCCACGUUUCUUCAAAGUUCAUACUGAUCAGAGUAAUCAGCUGCAGUAUUCUUUCUCUCUGUCUACUUUCUUUCUUUUUGCCUCUCUGUUCCUCUCUCUCUGUCUGUCUCCUCCCUCUUUCUCUUGCUCUCUUGACUCUCAGUUGAUUCAAAUUAAGAUUCUGUUGAAACAGGAAAAAAAACUCUUCUUUAUUGCUUGGGGUUGUGCUGCUUGACAGGAUGUACCAGAAGUGAAUGCAUUGAUCAAACUUAAGUGAAAUUGUGCCAAUUCACGACAAAUGUGAUCUCAAGAGCAGGUCUGGAAGAUUUUCUAUUUAUGUUAGUUAUAAGGACCCAGCAUCUUAAAGAAAUUCAAACUCAUCCUAUCCUAAGAAUCUGUCUUAUCCAAUUUUCUAUUGGGGUCUGGUCAUUACAGCAUUACACCUGCUCUUGAAAAUACAAAUAUGAGUAGAAGGAGAAUAGAAAUUUUAAUCAAUAAGAAUAAAGAAGAAAUUGCAACAGUUAGUAAAAAGUGCAGAGUGUUGAAGAAAUACGCUAUGCACUAUUUCAUGGUAGCAUUUACAGUCAAACAGGUCUGUAGCGCAGCACAGGUCCAGUAUAUGAACACAGAUGAUGACCAGUUGUGUUGUUAUCAACAAGUGGGUACAAUUCUCUGAUUAUUACUGAUCAAGUGAGAUGACGCUCCAGUAAAAUUAUAUAUGAACUUAGCAGGACAUGUAUUGUACUCACCCUACACCUGUAAAAAAUUCUGCCGUGUUAAUAUUGCUAAUCAGAGGUUUGUAAAUCCAAUAAAAUGAUGUGAACAGGUGUUAUGUGCGAGUUAAAUUAGGUUUGAGUUAAAUGAUCAUUCCUUAUUAUCUCACCAUGUGGGUUAAAGGAAUUAUACAAAAAUAUACACCUACCAGCCAUAACAUUAUGAACACCUGGCACGUGACUGCCAGUGACAUCCCUUGUUUGAGCUAAGAGAUGUAUCAGAAGUUUUCUACCAUGUCAAACUGGAGUUAAAUGGAUUGUUUUGUUUUUUGCAGGACAUUUAACUGGGCCCUGUCCAUGGGUGGGAAGGUGCCUGUGUCUGAAGGUCUUGAGCAUACAGAUCUACCAGAUGGGACUGGGGAAUUUUUGGAUGCCUGGUUGAUGCUAGUGGAGAAGAUGGUGAACCCAAGCACCGUACUGGACUCACCACACUCCCUUCCUGCGAAAAUGCCAGGGGUCACCCCCACCAUGCCCCAGUUCAGUGCCCUACGGUUCCUAAUAGUCACUCAGAAGGUCAGUAACUCCAAUUUAAACUAUUCACAUUACAUUAAAUGAAAUAAUACCCUCGAAUAACACUAAUGGGUUUUGUCUGCAAUUAACACGUCUGCUUUUUAUCCAGGCUGCGUUCAGCUGCAUCCGUAACUUGUGGAACAGGAAGCCGCUGAAGGUGUACGGAGGCAGGAUGGCUGAAUCCAUGCUGGCCAUCCUCUGCCACAUUUUAAGAGGGGAACCUGUGAUCCAGGAGCGUCUCGCCAAGGAGAGAGAGGGCACAGUGCGCCCAGAUGAAGAGACAGCUUCCACUGGGACUUUGGGACCCAGUGUUGCCCCUGGAGCAUCUACAACACCCGGAGAGGCACCAGCUGCAUCUGGGACAACAUCUGGUGUGCCAGCAGGAGGAUCAGCUGAAGAUUCAACAAAUUCGACCCCUCGCCGUGAGCCCCAGGUUAACCAGGCCCAGCUAACACAGGUAGGUGGGAAAGCUGCCUGAAUGCCUGGCACCUUGCUUUGCCAAGACAGUUGUUCCUUUUUAUGAUUGUAAGAGUGAUUCAUGAGUUUUCGUUAUUAAAUUGAACUGUGUGUCGUUGAUUGUGGUUUUCUGCCUACCAGCUACGGUUUGUUUCGGCAGCCCUCUCAGUCUUUUGAACUUGCUUUGCAAAUACUGUAACAGGCUCUCAUGGCACAUAUUAACUGUAUGCAAAAAAAAAAAAAAGUGUCUGUUUAACCUUGAUGCUUCCACAUAUUGUCUGCAUGCACUGAAUCCUGGGCCACCAUUUGUUUUAUAACAGGAAAGAUACGAAGAGAGAGAAAGGCAUGCACAAGCCCGCCAGCAGCAGCUCCAGCAGGUAUAGGGCCAUCAGGGAAAAAGGGGAGAAAUAAGGAGUGCAAGGGAUAGACAGAGGUUGGAGUCAUUAUACUGAUUUAUUAGGAAAGGAGAACACUGGCCAAAUUAGACUUCCUCCCACUAUUCAUGACAUCCAGUUCACUCUGAGCUGUCAUUAUUAGUCUCAUAAUCCCUUCUUUAUUUUUGUUUUUUUUAUUUAUCUGUGAAGCUAUCUCAGUUUGAUUUUGUAAAUAACUCUUUAUCUCUUUGUGGUGUUUCAGCUGAUGGAUAUGGGUUUCUCAAGGGAGCAUGCCAUGGAGGCUCUUCUAAACACCAGCACCAUGGAGCAGGCCACUGAGUACCUACUUACACACCCUCCACCACUCCUUGGCGGAGCAGUAAGGGUAAGGAUUCAAAUACAAAAAGAGUAUAGUCAUCUUUUUCCUUGUACUGAUCUUCAGUCAAAUUCAGGAGUCUGACAUUGUUGCCCUCCUCGUUUAGGACUUGACUAUGUCUGAAGAGGACCAGAUGAUGAGGGCCAUCGCCAUGUCACUUGGACAAGAGGUCAGCAUGGAGCAGCGCUCCGACUCACCCGAGGUGUGUCAUUCUUACUUCACAGAAUAGAAUAGAUAAUAGACUGAAGGAAACAUCCUAAAUACAAACCUUGAGUCUGACUGAGCAGCUGUUGACUUGAUUUGUGUUUCUGCUUUAGGAGGCUGCACGCCGGCGGGAGGAAGAGGACAGGAGAGCCAGGGAGCGUGCAGAGGAGGAGGAGGCCCGCUGCUUGGAGCGCUUCAUGGAGGCGGAGCCACUGGACCCCAAGGAGUUACAUGCCUUCACUGACUCCAUGCUGCCUGGCUGCUUCCAUCUUCUGGAUGAGCUGCCUGACACAGUGUAUCGACUCUGUGACCUGCUGAUGACUGCCAUCAAGAGGAGUGGCCCUGAGUACAGAGAUCUUCUUCUUGGUCAGGUUGUCCACCAGGUCAGUGCUGAUGCAUUACGUACUAACUUAAAUACCCAACUUAAAAUGCUUGACCUUUCUUGAAUGAAAACUGAGCUUUGUUAGUGGUGAAGUUUUUAUUAUCUAUCCCUCAUGAUAUUUGGCAUUGAGAAUACCAUUAAAAAACUGUAUCUGUAGUGAGUGAACAGAGUCACAGCAGAUUUGUUUCUGUGUCAUUGUCUUUGUGUUGUGCAUAGGUGUGGGAUGCAGCAGACGUGCUGAUUAGGGCGGCUGAGCCCCUGACUACCAGUGACACAAAGACGGUGUCUGAGUGGACCAGACAGAUGGCCACGCUUCCUCAGGCCUCCAAACUAGCAACACGUAUUCUUCUGCUUACAUUGCUCUUUGAGGUACCUGAAAAUCACAAAUGUAUUAGCCUGUCUGAACAGUUAUGACCUGGGUUCAUUUUUCUCAUCAUGAUUUUUUUUUCUUCUUCUUUGAAGGAACUGAAACUGUUUGGUGCCAGGGUGGUGCAAAACAGUGGGAUCCUUGAAUUGCUCAUUAAGCUGCUUGAGGUUGUACAGCCCUGUCUGCAAGCCGCGAAAGAGCAGAAAGAUAUCCAGACACCAAAGUGAGUUUCGCACAGCCUGACAAAAUUGUAUCCGCAUGCAUUUGUCAUACUUUUGUUUUGAGUCAAGUAUUGUUUUUAAGUUCUAACAGAAAAACUGCCUUUUUUUUUCCUGCAGAUGGAUCACACCUGUACUGUUGAUCAUUGAUUUCUAUGAGAAGAUGGCGGUCUCUUCAAAGCGAAGAGAACAAAUGAACAAGGUAAAAAACAGCUCAUAGUGGGAUGUUAUUAGCUAGCUUUUUAAGUGAUCUCCCCACGUAGAGAGACUAGAGUCAUUGUCACAUCGGUCAAUGGUUUGACACCCAGAUACAACCAUUUCCUGCAAGUCAUCCCCACUUCAGCUCCCAACAUUCUCUGCUUCUCUCCAGCUUUUCUAUCUAAUCGAUAUUUUUUUAAAAGUAGAAACUGUUAAACAGAAAAAAACAUACAUGAUUCAAGAAUAAAGUUACAUACUGAGGUAUUAAAAACAAACAGACCCACAUAGCAAUUGACAAAAAUUUGCUGUUUUAGUUGAAAGAUAGAAAUGGGAAGAGAGUAAAACAAAACAAAACAUACUUUUCUUUUGCCAACUUUACUGUUUACCCUUCCAUAUUCCUCUAUAAAAAUCCAAUUUUAAUAGGAGAAAAACCAUAAAAAUCAUGGCCACAUAAAUAAACUACUGACAAAUAGAUAAAAUGCUUUUAUUCUGUGUAUUUUGUGAAGUGUGAUUUAAAAGAUGCUGUUAGCGGUACAUCCCAAGGUGUUGUUUUUUUGGCACGCUUUAUAUAAAUUAAUGAGCUCUUCCAUUCUGCUUUUAGUAUCUGCAGCCCAAUGGGAAUAACUGGCGUUGGUUUGAUGAUCGCUCAGGCCGUUGGUGCAGUUACAGCGCAUCAAACAACAGCACUAUUGACUCAGCAUGGAGGGCUGGGGAGAGCAGUGUCCGCUUCACUGCUGGACGCCGGAGAUACACUGUGCAGUUUAACACCAUGGUGCAGGUACAUAAAGAUUGUCUUGAAACAUUUUGCCUGUCUCUCAGAGAAAACUGUAUGGCACAUCCAGUCUUUGAAUAUGUGUUCACGUCGUCAGGUUGCUUUGUGUAAUUGAAACCUUUUCCUUCGGACAGGUAAAUGAAGAAACUGGAAACAGGAGACCAGUGAUGUUGACUGUCCAGAGGGUACCUCGCUUGCCAAAGCCUGCCAAGACUGGUAGCAUCACUGACUCCGAGAGAGAAGAAGGAGACAGGAGCAAAGUGGAGGAAACUCAUGCCGACCUGGACUCGGUGUCUGCAGUAGAGAUGAGUGCCCCGAAGGAGGAUUCCAGCCAGCUGAAGGAGACCACAUCGGGACCUUCAUCCUCUCUUGAUUCUGACUGUGCAGACAUUGUUGUGGAGGGCCUGACUGAGGACAUGACCACUGUUCUUAUCCGGGCAUGUGUCAGCAUGAUUAGCGUCCCUGUGGACCCAGACACCCUCCACGCCACAUUGCGUCUCUGUCUGCGCCUAACACGCAAUCACCACUAUGCCAUGAUGUUUGCUGAGCUGAAGAGCACCCGUAUGAUUCUGGGGCUGACACAGAGUUCUGGCUUCAAUGGCUUCACCCCACUGGUCACUCUGCUGUUCAGGCACAUCAUAGAAGACCCAGCAACACUGCGGCACACCAUGGAAAAGGUCAGUCCUGGUUUCCAUCAUCUUAAAGUUCAUGGAGAAACAUUGUUUGUUGGGCAUAAGUCUCUGUUAACUCUGAAUGAAUAUUCAGUUGAUCCAGUACAAACACUGUCUUAUAAUCUGUUCCAAAGGUGGUGAGGUCAGCAGUGACCAGUGGAGCUGGAAGCACCACCUCAGGAGUGGUGUCGGGCAGCCUUGGUUCCAGAGAAAUCAAUUACAUUCUCAGAGUCCUGGGCCCUGCAGCUUGUCGUAACCCUGAAUGCUUUGCUGAAACGGCAAGCAACUGUGUCCGCAUUGCACUGCCUGCACCUCGGGGGGCCGGUACAGGUAAGUGUGUGGGCUUCUUUAAGUCAACAGAGUACCACUGAUGAGGGAGUCAUUUAUUUGAACCAUUAAUUAGGCUUUUUCGUUGUGCAUAAAUAUUUAUUUACCUAAAUAAGCUCUGACAUGAUCUCUUUCUCCAGCUUCUGAUGAUGAGUUUGAGAACCUGCGGAUUAAGGGACCCAAUGCAGUGCAGCUCGUCAAGACUACCCCUCUAAAGCUGUCCCCCCUGCCUCCUAUCCCUGACACCAUCAAAGAGGUCAUCUAUGACAUGCUCAAUGCUCUGGCUGCCUACCAUGCCCCUGAAGAACGUAAGACAUGUAAACAAACUCCUUAUAGCUUUACAAGUACAAGUUGUGUGUGUCAGUCACUUGAAAAUAGCUUCAUAAGUUACUUCUGUUACAGCGGAGCGUCCAGAAGAGCGUGCAGCAGCUGUACCUGGUGCUCAAGAUCUGUGCCAGAUACUGCAGGAUGUUGGUGAUGAUGUUUACCAGCAGUACAGACUCACCCGACAGGGCAGUGACUUUGACUCCCAGUCUGCAUUCCAUAUCAACGUGAGUGACAACAACUAAGUGUUCAGUAGUCAAACAUGCUAUGAGUUAUCACAGCAGGUAGGAAUGACAGCAUGUCUCCUCCCCACAGACUCAAGUGUUUGCUGCUGAUGGAGGUGUGGCUGAGUCCUCCCAAUCUGGCACACCACAAGGAGAAGGUGGGACGUUAAUCAAUGAAGUUUCUAACAAUUUAACAUUUCAGCAGACAAAGACAGAACUGAGUUUCCAUGCGUGUUCUUGGUAUUAACUGUGUAUGACUGUGCUGUCACCACUUCAGCCUCCACACCAGAGGAGAUGCGAGAGGAGAAGAAAGAACAGGAGGGAGAGAAGAGUUCGAGCUCAGAGGAGAGUAAAGCAUCAAAGGUGAAGGCAAGCAAACCUCUAAUGCCGACCUCGACCAUCCUGAGACUGCUGGCUGAGCUGGUGCGCUCCUAUGUGGGCAUUGCCACACUUAUCGCCUCCUACUGCUACACUGCUGGACAGUCUGAGCUCAUUAAGGAGGUUGGUAAAACAUAUUCACCUCUGUACCAAUUAUCUUUUGUAACAUGAGCUUUUGUUUUCUAUUCCUUGAACCUAUCUGAACUUCUUUGUAUCCCAACAGGAUUGCAGUGUUCUUGCCUUUGUGCUCGACCACCUACUGCCCCACACUCAGAACUCAGAGGACAAGGACACCCCAGCCUUGGCACGUCUCUUUCUGGCCAGCCUAGCAGCUGCCGGCACUGGCACGGAUGCUCAGGUGGCCCUUGUCAAUGAGGUGAAGGCCGCCCUCAGUAGAGCUCUAGCAAUGGCAGAAGGUGCAGAAAAACAUGCAAGGUAAGAGCAUGCAGAAUAAUAAUCGAUCUGUCCUAGUUUAAAUGAUUGAAUGGAAAUUUGAACUAACCCUUUAUUUCAUAAAUCUCUUCCAGGCUUCAAGCAGUGAUGUGCAUCAUCAGUACCAUCAUGGAGUCUUGUCCCUCAACUUCAAGUUUCUACAGCACAGCUGCAGCCAAGACACAACACAAUGGGAUGAACAACAUCAUCAGACUGUUUCUCAAGAAAGGUCUGGUCAAUGACUUGGCCCGUGUGCCCCACAGCUUGGACUUGUCAAGGUAGAAUAUUUGUUCAUUUAAGCAGUUAAAAUUGGAGCAAGAAUCGUUUAAUUUUGACGUGUCCCUUUACAUUCUGGUCGUGUUCUUCCUUGGAAACAAAAGUAAUGUUUACACUAAGUGUUUUUCUGUUGUGGUAUGAUAAUUGGCUUGGGUGUAUUUCCAGUCUUACAGAACACAUUCAAAGUUAAAGCAUUUUAAACCACUCAACAUCUAAAUCAGUGUUUGCAAGCUUGAAGCCUUUUUUAUUUUAGUUUUACCACCAACUGAUCAAUGGGGAAAAAGUGGCACAUUUUGCACACAGAAAAGUGCACAUACCCUUUUGAAGUAGAGCUGUUUAAGUUAACAGUCAAUAGUUGGUAGUUUAGCUAAAGGGGAUCCCAGUCAGCCUUUCCCUUUUCUUGUUGUUUUAACAAACUACACCCAAAGCACUGAUCUAAGUGUGAGUCUAUAUUUGGAAUUUUCUCAGCUCUUGACUGGGCUACCAGAAAGACCACUCUCAGACACUCUACAUACAUGUUCUCCUUUCUCUUCAACUGCGAACACAGUGUUCGUUGUGCAUAUAUCAUAGUCAGAAUGAGUGAUUUUGUUGGUACUGAAUACUUUCUUUGAAGAGACGCUGUUCGGCUUAUCUGGUUUUCUGAUUCAACUUCUGAAUAUCGAGGGGAGUAGGAAAACUCAGUGUUCAGUAUGGCAGGCAACUCUGGUUGGUGAUCAGUGCAUACUGUAACUGAAUGGGGUCUGCCUGUAUCUUGUGAUUCAAAAAGGCCCUAAAUACUAUUGUCACCAAGUCGUCCUUGUGACAGCAAGGAGUUUUCCCAGUUAGUGGGCUCACAGUUUACACAGAUGUAACACCAGAUAACAUAGAUGUUUUUCCUCUCUCUUUUCUGGUCUCUUCUCAUCCUCCUGUUGUGACCACAGCAAAUGGCAUUUAAUUGUUGCCUUCAGAAUCACUUGAUUUCUGUGUGGUGGUUUUUAUAUCACCUCUGAAGUCCAUAGACCUGAGCAGUUGAUCAGCAGACAGAAGAACACUUGUGAUAAUAUAAUAACAAUGUUAUGAUAAUGAUGAUCUGCAAGCGAGGUUGGGAUGAUUCAGACAAGACUGGAGGCUUAAACAUUUGGAAAGAAGAAGCACGUGGCUAGGUUUGAUUUUACUUCUUUCAGGAUGGUAUUUCCCAUUUUCAUCGUCGAUGUAGACUGUACCAUAGGAUGUCAUCCUCUGACUGUAUGUGCUCUGUCUGAGGGAUGUUUAAGAUGAAAGGGGCUUCCUGACAGUAAAGCAAAGUAAAUCUAAAUCCAGCAAAAACCUGCAUCAGUAAUAGUGUCUUGGUUGGAGUUUGUUGAAAUGAGCUCAAUUCGUGGUAGAUCUGGUCCUGUCUGCAAGGUGAAGAUAGCCCACCUUACAUUUCAGUCACUUUUUCAACAAGGGGCCAAAGCUGGUCAGGAUCCUCUGUGGGUAGUAUUUUUAUUAUUGACAAGUAUCUCAGAGAAGAUGGCUUCCAAAACUGAACAAAUGACAUAAAAAUGGUGUGAAAAGGUGAACAUAUGUAUUCUUUUUUGCUGUCUAAAAUAAGUUUUAAAAUAUUUGUUUUUAAUGGUUGGUGUAGCCCCAACAUGGCCAACACGGUGAAUGCUGCCCUGAAGCCACUGGAGACUCUGUCCCGCAUUGUUAACCAGCCCAGCAGCCUGUUUGGGGGCAAAGGUGGCUCCAGCAAGAACAAGACUGAACAUGACACUGUGGGCACUGCCAGAGACAGCAACAGCAACACUCAGGACCAGGGUAAUGGCAUAAGUUAGAUGGCUUAAAAACUAUCCAUGCACUUAUUCUGAAUGUUUACAGUUUACUCAUGUGUCACAUCUAUUCUUAGGAGAGUCUGGCGAAGCAGAACCAGUGGAGGGUAACCACAGGGUGCAGGGAACGGACAGCGACCUGAUGGAUGGAGAGACAGAGGGAGACACAGUGGUCAUAGCUGGUCAGCCUGAAGUUCUCAGCACACAGGCUAUGCAGGUGAUUAACACUGUAGUGCAUACAAUACUUAAACGAUGAUUCACCACAUUACAUCAUGUAUAAUAUCUUGUAUUAAUCCCCUCCAUGAAAGAGUAGAUAUAACAGAAAAGUAUAGAAUAAAGCCAUAUUAUCUCUCUGACUUGAUCUUAAUCUGUCUGCUGUAGGUGGAGAAUGAGCUGGUGGAUCUGAUCGAUGAGCUGCUGGAAAGAGAUGCUGGCACUGUGAACAGCACAAUCAUAGGUAAGUAAUUGGAUUUAGGCAAUAAAAGUUGGUCAGUUUCUGGAGAUAUCCCAGAGGGCAAGAGUUUUGAGUUAUUCUCUUAUGUGAAGACUUCCACUGCUUUGAACAAAGUUCUAGGGUAUAGCUAUUGAUAGGUGUAGUUCGAUCACACAAGUAUAUUAGCUUUAGCUUGCGUAAGCAUGAGCUAUUAGACAGACUUUAAAUGCAUUAUUACAAUUCAGCGAGGAAGAACAGCUGUGGCACUACUAGACUUGUCUUUGUUCUGAAGUAUUUAGCAUGCUUCUUUGAGUGCCAUCCUCUGGGUAAUAAACCAUCUCUUGCUGUAUUUAAUACUAGUGUAUUGGUCGCACAAGUGUGGAAGGCAGACCCUUAAUUUAUGUACAAAAUGCAGUAAAAGUGGUUUCUUGCUCAGAGGAAUGACAGCUCCCUUUAGCUGAGGUACUAAUUGUAAUGCAAUCAGUCAAAAAAAAAAGCCAAGGAUGGGUUUGUAAUUUCUGUGUUCUUUCACAGUGGGACGUAGUGGAGAAGAUGAAUCUCAGGAGGAUGUGUUAAUGGAUGAGGCUCCCUCCAAUAUUAGCCAGGCAUCAACUCUUCAGGCUAACCGGGAAGGUAGGAAACUUCAUAACCUGUGUUUUGUUUUGUUUUGUUUUGUUUGUUUGUUUUCGUCUUAAAUACCCUCUGCCAUCCUCUUGUAAACACCUGUGAUCCUGUUUUCUUUCAGACUCCAUGAACAUCCUAGAACCAGAGGAUGAGGAGCACACACAAGAAGAAGAUUCAAGUGGCAGCAAUGAUGAUGAAGACAGCCAGGAUGAAGAAGAGGAGGAAGAGGAAGAGGAGGAGGAAGACCAAGUAUGGAUAAAUGCAGUGAGGUUCUGUUUAGAGCUGCAUGGUUGCUGGCCUUUAGACUCAUGGCUGUUCUUUUUUUCUUUCAAGGACGAUGAGGAAGGAGAUGAGGAUGAUGAUGAUGAAGGCUCAGAGAUGGAGUUGGAUGAGGACUUUCCUGACAUUAAUGCAACACCACACAUCAGGUUCGAACGGUUCGACAGGGAUGACGACCUCAUCAUAGAGUUUGACAACAUGUUCUCCAACAACGGUAAGCAGGACUAUACAUCUGUGCGUUUACUAAAAGUUAAAUUGAUGAUUUGUUUGAAUUGUUUGAAUUUCCACAUCAGUAAUGCACAUAUUCAGCCUUAUUUUAGCUUCUCUCACUAAAGCAGGAGAGUUUCCGCCCUAGAAAAACAUGUGAAGCAAAUCUGAUUUUCCUUCGCCAUUUCUCUGAAAAGUUCUCUGUAGGGUUGUACCGGAGCUUUUCCCCUAAUGUUUGCCACUGUUUUCUGUUGUUUUUCUAUCAGCUGACAUCCCUCCUUCCCCAGGCAACAUCCCCAGCUCCCACCCUCUGAUGGUGCGCCACGCUGACCACAGUUCCCUAACUCUAGGUGUGGCAGGCACCAGCAGCCGCCUGGCACAAGGCAUGGGUCGUAGCCAGCGAACACUGCGUCAGCUCACCGCGAACAGUGGACACACAAUCCAUGUCCACUACCCUGGGAACCGCCAACCCAACCCUCCUCUCAUCCUGCAAAGGUUAAAUCCUAUUGAUGAUGUGGUUGAAAUAAUUACAGAUGUGGUCACUUCUCAUUAACUACAUCAGCAACACUGCAGCUGUCCUCUUUAUUAUGCUACUUAAAGAGCCUGUCCUUUAUUCACCCCUUUUUUAGAUUAUUGGGCCCCAGUGCUGCUGCGGACAUUUUACAGCUGUCCAGCUCUCUGCCUCUGCAAUCUCGGGGUCGUGCCCGCCUUUUGGUUGGAAACGAGGAUGUGCACAUCAUUGCUCGUUCUGAUGAUGAGUUGUUGGAUGACUUUUUCCAUGAGCAGAGCAGUACAGGAGGACAAGCAGGUGAGAAUGAUGGUGGGGUUAUCUUGAAAUUUUUGAUUUCAUGGAGUCCGUUCAAUAAAAAACAUUGCUGGGCUCCAGUUGUAUGUAACUUCUUAGGGAAGAGGUUUCGUCCAUGAUGUCUUUAGACCUCACUUUAGAAUUUGCAUGAUUAGUGGAAGGCCAGUGAUAUUUCAACAGUGAGAUCUCUGGCAUCUCCUGUUAUUUGCCCAAACAGAUCACCAAAUUAAGUCUAACAAAAGUCUGAGGGAAAUGGCACUCUAAGAAUUGGCUGCAAACAUUAGUAAACAUUUAGUUUAGUAUUGUCUUAAAUUUUCUUGAGCUCUGAACAUGUUUGUUCUCUGGCUCUCUCUAGGAACCCUGUCUAGUAUUCCCACUGCCUUGACUCGAUGGACAGAUGAGUGUAAAGUGCUAGAUGCUGAGAGUAUGCAUGACUGUGUAGCAGGUAAGUUCGUUUUAAACUCAAGAAUUGUUAAAAUGGAAAUUAAUCUGAACUUCCUAGUGAAAAGCAUAUCUAUGAUUCACUUACUUAGUCAGAUAAUAUCCCUGCGAUUUUUGAUCACAGGAACAAGUCUAAGAAUUAUAAGAGGAUGUAAGAUAUCGCAUAGUUGCCUAGUUAGAAGUCAGUCCUCUGAUAAAGAUGCAGCAGUCAGCAUAUGCUUUUUAAACAUGUACCUGAUUUUGUAAGGAAAUCUGCUAAAUACUCCGUCACUGAAUGUAAGACAUUAGCGGUUUUGCCUGUUGCAGAUUUUGUCCUUUUAGGUGAACUUUGUUACCCUUCAUAGUAACCCUAAAGGAACAGGACCCAGCAGUUAACUAGGGGUGGGAAUCACCAGUGGCCCCACAAUAUGAUAUUAUCACGAUACUUGGGCCACAAUAUGAUAUUAUUGCGAUUUAUACAAUUUUUUCAAUUUAGCAUUUGUCUUUCCUUUAUGUUUGUCUUAUUUACACAGUAUUUUAUUUUCAUGUAGCAGGUCAUGUAAACCUUAAAUAUAUAUUUUUGUUGCACUAACUUUCUCCUGCUCUAUAAUAUCACUUCUGCCAACCUCUCUGGACAAAGAGUUGAUUUUAUUUUUCCAUCAUCAUAGAAUUGACCUCAUAUUGGCAAUUAAUUUGUAAAAAUCGAUACUUGGUAAAUGAGACGAUAUGAUAUAUCAACAGACAAAAUAUCCUGAUACUAUGCUCUAUCGAUUUUUUCUUCCACCCCUACAGUAAACAGCGUUACAUAAGUUUGUAAAGCUGAGGGGCACAAUUAGAGUUCGCAGCUCAGCACACUUUUAACUUUAAGCCACAUUGAAGGAGUUCUUACAUCUGUUUUUGCUUUCAGUGGUGAAGGUGCCUAUCCUGCAGCAUCUCGAGAGUCUGAGGGAUGAGGAGCUUGAAGAGCGUCGGGAGAAGCGAAGGAGACAGCUGGCUGAGGAGGAGGAGUCUAAGCAGAAUGAGCGCAGAGCCUCUGGUGCUGAACAGGCAAGAGAACAGAGCCUGCAGGUUUGUCAAUUGCAUGUUUGGAGUCUGUUAAGUUGAAACACUAUUCAAACACAGAGGUGCAUGGAUCUUUGCCUCUAUAUUCAUUGUCGACUAAUGUCAAAUGUUUUUUUUUUGUAUAUAGAGUUCUGGAUUGGGGACAAUAAAUGGCACAGAGAACACUGCAGGUACUGAUUACAGUAGAAACUGUUAAUGUUUGUGUCCUAAUGUCAAAUCUGAUUUCAGGAAUGGAUCCCUCUCUCUAAACCGGAAUCAACCAGCAGAGCUUGCUGUGGGAUGAGGUAGUAGUUUGUAUAGUUUUAGGAUCACACCAGAUCUGGGAGAUAACUAUACAGUCUACUGUCUUUCUUAUGGCAAUGCUAUAUCGGCUCAACAUCAUCCCUGCUGAGAAGAUCCUGACUUUGCUUGCUCAAGGCUCAGUGAUUGUAAAACUGUAUCCACCCAUGUGGAGCGCAAUGUGUUGUUUGUCUUGCUGCUGGCUUUGCUGUGGUGAGGUAGUAAGUUGUGUUGUUGUUGGGGAUCAGGAUUGUUCACCCCGUCGAGGAGAUAACUAUACAACUUACUGCCUUCCUCAGUAGAGACCCACCACAUCUCUGAAAAAAAGGAAUAAUGUCUGAGUGAUGUUCUGUUUAUUCUUUGAACUCUCUUCCUCUAAUACUUGUGAUGUACAACCUGAUAUGGAUAAAAGUAUUAGAUUCAGCUACCAUAUUGUAAAAAGAUGUUCUCUAUUAUUGUAGAAAAUUCUAAGAGCUGGUGAUCAAAAGUACUUUUUUUACUGUAUCUUAAAAAACACUAAAAAAUCUUAUGGAAAAUAGUUUUCUCUAAUGAAGAAUUCGUAAAACUCGUAGUCCUGUCUCAAUCCAAGUUCUCUGUCUGGGUUUUUCAGAGGGUGAGCAGGCUCAAGGUGGUACAGUCCCAUGUCUGGACCCACCCAGAGUCUCAGAGGGCUUCCUCACUGCUCCCCCAUCUGGAGAGGUCACUCCCACCACUCCUGCUCCCCAUGAACAGGCUCUGGUUUCCCUGGAGACUGCGAUCAGUCAGCAGGUCCACCAGCCAAUUGCAGACCUGCUACUGGCUGAGUCUCAUGCCAGCUCACUGGCUGCACUAGCAGGGGCAGGCCUUCCAUCCUUGUCGACUGGCGACAGGCCAAACAGCGAAGCGGAGGCAUCACAGAUGGAAAUGUCCCCGGCACCCACAAUCGGUGAGAGAGUCGGAGGAGGUGGUGGUGGAGGAGGAGGAGCGUUGGAUGAAGGCAGGGAAGGUAGACUAACUUUGAAAACUCUCUUUAUACAGAUUGGCCAACAGUAAGGACACACAUUGAUAAAUGAUGUUUACCAUGUUUGUAGCAAGAAUCUGGCUGUAAAAAGUAACAGCUAUCAGUCACGAGUUGUAAGCAGAAGGAAAUGUUCAACUCUAAACUGGUCAACAUUACUUCCUGAUCUUUUAACCUCAUCAUACAUGUUUUUUCUCUUAGCCUCCCUUAGUCCAGACAUCGUGGAGACCUCUGAACCUGCAGUAGUGGGUGUGUCACAGCUGGAAGGGUCACCCAUGGAUACAAGCAGCCCCGCCUCUGCCACCCAGGAAGAGUCUGCCUCUAACCCUGCCCAGGCUGCCCAACUGUCUCAGGAGCUGUCUGGCAGCGGCGAGAGUGGCCUGACUGACAGGCAGACAGAUGCAGACACUGGGUCAGUGGCGUCCUUGACAUCAUUCAUGUUGAGACGCAUCAUCACAUUUCAGUCAUUAACAGUUGCUCAGGAAUCAUUUUGGUGUUUUCAUUGUUUUCUUUCUCACAUUUACAGCUCUACUUCUGUCUCUUCACCCGGAGAAACAAUGCCUAGGAGUGAUAGUGCUGAUAGCCAGUCUCAGGCCAUCCAGGAAGAGCCGCUGCCAUCCACCAGUAAUGAGGAGGAGGAUCCACUUGCUGGUAAACAAACAAAAAAACACCACAGAACCUCAUCCAAUUUUUUAAAUAUUUCUGUCUUUUAGAAAUUCCCUUUUAAUGCUUUGAUGUUUUUGUCCUUGCAGGCAUCAGUCUGCCAGAGGGUGUAGAUCCCUCUUUCCUGGCAGCUCUUCCUGAGGACAUCCGUCGAGAGGUGCUGCAAAAUCAGCUUGGCAUCAGGCCACCUUCCCGUCCCCCUGUUGCUACCACCCUGCCUUCCUCUACUGCACCUGUUCUGGGAGGACCGGGUGUCACAGAAGUCAGCCCAGAGUUUUUGGCUGCUUUGCCACCUGCCAUCCAGGAAGAGGUGGGGGACUCUGACAUUUUGAAUGGUUACUCUGGACAGAAUGCCUUCUUUAUUGUCACUUCAAGCUUAUCAGUUCUUCUAACAGAUCACGCCAUUUGUUGUUUUAGGUUCUUGCCCAACAACGAGCAGAGCAGCAGCGCAGGGAGCUAGCCCAGCAACCCUCACAGGGUGAUACUCCUCUGGAUCCAGUCACCUUCAUCCAAACGCUGCCUUCAGAGCUCCGGCGAAGCGUUUUGGAGGAUAUGGAGGAUAGCGUGUUGGCCGUCAUGCCCCCCGACAUCGCUGCAGAAGCAGCUGCGUUGCGUAGAGAGCAAGAGGCACGCCAAAGGCAGCUGAUGCACGAGAGGUUGUUUGGUCACAGCUCUUCUUCAGCUCUAUCGGCCAUCCUGCGCUCACCAGCCUUCACCAGCCGGUUAGGGAGCAAUCGUGGCGUCCAGUACACUCGACUGGCUGUGCAGAGAGGAGGCACUUUUCAGAUGGGAGGAGGAACAAACCACAGGUCAGUUGGGAAUGGGUAAUAAUUGGAUAUUUCCCUUUUGAGUUCACUAAUAAAUGUUGAAUAAGCUCAAUCUGAAGGUGUUAAUUAAAGCUUGACUUGCAUGUUGUUUCCUAGAUGAUCCCACUGUGUUCAUCCUCAUACAAAUCUAAAUAUGUUUUUUGAAUUAAGAAAAACUGAGUGUUGUCCUCUUGUGUCCUCAGACCUUCCAGCUCCAACGUGGACUCCUUGUUGCGACUGCGUGGGCGAUUGCUGCUGGACCAUGAGGCAUUGUCCUGUCUGCUGGUCCUGUUGUUUGUGGAUGAACCCAAACUCAACACAAGCCGUCUGCACCGUGUGCUCAGGAACCUCUGCUACCACUCGCAAACACGUGGGUGGGUCAUCCGCAGCCUGUUAUCUAUCCUCCAGCGCAGCAGUGAGAGUGAGGUGUGUGUGGAGACCUCACGCUUGGAAGACUCUCGAGGCAAACGGAGCAUCCAGGGAGGCUGCGGAGGAAAAGGCUCAGCUACCUCCUCCCUAUCUUCUUCAUCCUCCUCUUCUUCCUCAUCCUCAUCUUCCUCUCUAGAGCUACUGAACAAGGUAGAGUCUCGCAGCUCCAGCCAGCUUUCAUGGCUCUCUGUUUCUAUGGAUGCAGCAUUGGGCUGCCGGACAAACAUUUUCCAGAUUCAGCGAGUAUCAGGCAGGAAGCAUGCUGACCGGCACUCAGCCGGGGGGUCUACAGGAUCUGGAACCCUGGGAGGAGGAGUUUCAGGAACUGCUGCAGGUGUCACAUGUGCUGGAGGUGGAGGUUCCACUGUUCACAUCCACCCACAGGCUGCCCCAGUGGUCUGCAGACAUGUGUUGGACACACUCAUCCAGCUAGCAAAGGUUAGAAUCUAGUAAUCUGCAGACUUUGCUCGAAACUGUUAAAGAUGUUUUCAAAGUCUUUCAGGUUACAACGGUUUUGUGUAAUUGUGUGUUUCGUAUCUGUGUGUGCAGGUGUUCCCCAGCCACUUCACCCAGCAGCGCUGUAAAGAUCUAUCUGCAUCUGCUUCUGAUCUGGACUCUCGUCUCUGUUCAGUAACCUCUGGGGGAGGGGGUGGAGGUGGUGGCUCCAGGUCAGGGUCACAAUCUAGCAACCCCAGCUCCAAUGCCUCUAACACCCAGAACUCCCUGAGCUCCUCUGCCGCUGCUCUCCAGUCUUUAGGAAUCUCCACUGAUUUUUGGGACCUUCUGGUCAAGCUGGACAACAUGAAUGUCAGCCGCAAGGGCAAAGCCUCUAUGAAGACAGUGCCUCUUGGGGGCAGUGCAGAGGCUGAGGGGGCCCAGUUCAGCCUGGAGACCUCGCCUCUGGGCCAGCUAAUGAACAUGCUGUCUCACCCAGUAAUCAGACGGAGCUCCUUGCUCACUGAAAAGCUGCUGCGCCUGCUCUCCCUCAUAUCCAUCGCCCUACCUGACAAUAAGGCCACCGAGGUGCCUGCUGGACACCCCACUCCACAGGCUGCUCAUCCUAAUGUGGCAACCAGCUCAGGAGCCACAGCUCAAAUCACAACACAGGGUGUGGUCUCAGUAGGCUCUACUCAGCCCACAGUGGCAAGCUCAGGGGCCUCUGUGGGAACUGCAUCCCAGGGUUCAUCUUCAGGGACAACGGUCACAGCUUCUCAGACAUCCUCUACUGCAAUCUGUAUACCCACGCCCACUGGAACAACCUCAACAGGUUAGUGUUCCCUGAUUCCAAAUCAACAUGUCAACACUUUUUCAAAUCUGUACAAUUUGACUUCUGUCGGACUAAAAUAAUGAUGUCUCAUUUUUCUUUGUGUUUUACCAAAAUAGGGAAACAGAGAACCACUGGAAGCAGUACAGAAAUUGACAAGAUGGCCUCCUCUGGGCUCACAGAAAAACAACUCCAACUCUCUGUUGAGGUAUGAGCGAAAAAGUUCAUUAAAAAAGUUUGAGUCAUUCAAGCAUGUUUAAAAAAAAAAAAGUUAAUAGAUUAAGAUUUACUUGUAUUCAGAGUUUGAAGUCAGACUUGUGAUUAGUUUUUCCGGACAUGCUUACAGUUCAUAAAGUCACCUCUUUUCUCUCUGUCUUUGUGACCAGGUGUUGACAUCUCACUCCUGUUCAGAGGAGGGUCUGGAGGAUGCAGCUAACAUUCUACUGCAGUUAUCUCGAGGAGACGGUUCCACCAGAGACACUGUGCUCAGAUUGCUGCUCAGUGGGGCCAGACAUCUCGGAUACACUCUGUGUAAACAGAUUGGUAAGUGCUCAGAAGAUAAACCGAUCCCUGUUGUUGUGCUCCUUUUUAAGCAGUUUUUUUUAUACUUCACUGCAUUCUCUCUUAUCACACAGGCACAUUAUUAGCUGAACUCAGAGAAUACAACUUGGAGCAGCAAAGACGGGCACAAGCUGAUUCCCAUUCUCCAGAUGCUCCCCCUGAGGAUUCCUCCAUCUCUGCCAGACUCAAGGGCAAGAUGACCAGCAGGUUAGUCAGUCAUAAUGCUGGGCUGGCAGGGACUUUAGGUUCUCAGCAUUUGAGAGAGAUGAGGCAGGAUUUGUUGUGCUCGAUCUACAACCUUUGCAAUCUUACUUUAUGCUAGGGCUGUCUCGGUACAAUAUUGAUAUUGGAUAUUGGUCUGAUACCAGUCGCUAAGGGUGGGAGGGAUUUCAGCUGUGUGGCACAAUUUUCGUUUAAGUCUGAAAAAGACAUUGCAGCUGAGUGCAAAACUUGUCAUGUACAAGUUUGUGCCAAUAUCGGAUCAAUGUCAGUAUUGGCCGAUACUGAAGGCUACAAUAUCAGUAUUGUAUCGGAAGUAAAAAAGUUGCAUCGGGACAUCCCUACUUUAUGCAAUUAUCCAUUCUUGAGUGAAGCUUGAUUUCUCGGCUACAAUGUCCUUUACUUGGUAUGCGUUUGUUGGUUGGGGCACAGGUUUGACGGUGCAGAGAGUGUGGUCAUUGUGGCUGCACAGAAGCGCACUCUUGGGGGACGAGAACUUCAGCUUCCCUGCAUGAGCUCACUAACCUCCAAGACAUCCACACAGAAGUUUUUCCUGCGAGUGCUGCAGGUCAUUAUCCAGCUCCGUGAGGACACACGUCGCGCCAACAAGAAGGCCAAACAGACAGGGCGAUUAGGUGAGAUGAUGUUUUUGAUACACUUAAUGUUCUGGCUGCGUACAAAAUCCUGAUAUUGAAUAAAACAGCAAACACCUCUCCCCUCCACCUUUGAUCAGGCUCCACCAGUUUGGGCUCAGCAAGCAGUAUCCAGGCUGCAGUGCGUCAGCUCGAGGCUGAGGCUGACGCCAUUAUUCAAAUGGUGAGAGAGGGUCAGCGGGCACGUCGGCUCCAACAGGCCCCGCCACCCACCGCAUCCUCUGCUACUGCUGCAGUUGCUGCCGGAUCCUCAGUGGCUGCUCCCCCUGCCCCCGCUGGUGCUGCUCCCCCUGCUGGCACGGCUGCUGCUGCCACGGUUAGCAUGGGCUGCAAUGACAGCAGGCAUCCACACUGCACAAUGAAAAUAUACAUGAAAAAGUGCUGUAGCAGUCAUCAAUUUUAACCCUUUAAAUGACACUGUCCUUCCAUGUUUUAUGUCUGAUUUGCCUGUUCUGACUUUGUGAAUAACAGGCAAACACAAUAGCAAAAAUAGGAAAAUGGUAAACUUGCACACUGGUUGCAUUGUGUAUGGUCUUUUAGCCUUGAAAAAACACAUUGAACCUCUUUCUGGUAUGGUAUCUGUAAACAGUGCUUUGCAAUGUAAUCAUCACAGUGGUAUGUACAUGGUGACAGCUGCUGACAAGCUGAACUGUAACAGCCCAGCUGAGACAGAUUUGUCAGUUUUCCAUUGCAUUCCCUAUUCGUGUUUGCAUUUAGAUUUCUUACUGAUCAAAUGAUGGAGAUGUGAAUGUGCUGCCUGCUCCAGACUGUGGUGAUAUGUUCCACUAAUGUUUGUUGAUCGGCUGACAUGGCUUCAUGCUUCUGGCCCUCCCCUUCCUCUCCUCAAUUCCAGUUCUUCUCCUUUCUCAUGUUGGAUUGGGGAAUGUCAUUAUGCAUGGCAAUACCAGUGAAGAUGGUUAUUGUUUCAGUCUAAAGUUCACAGUUAAUUCCACCGGGGUUUUAAUUUCAUGUUGAUCAUACUUCUCUGCUUCUCUGGUCUUUUUUUGAUGUAGUCUGAAGUUCAGUCAAUGUCUGAAGCACAGGCGGCCAACAGGGAUGACUCACCAAUGGAUGUGGACCAGCCAUCUCCUCUGGAGCAGGACCCUGCACCUCUGGGUAUGGUUCACUUCUGAAAUACUAUAGACACUUUUAGGUACAUGUGAAUUCACAGUGCUGUUUUGUCUACAUUUCUGAGAGCUGGCUAUGAGGAAACCGAAGAACCACAUGAUAAAAAUAUUGUAUCAAUUCCACAAGUUGUGCUGGGACUGUGGUUCGUUUUUAAAAGUGUUAAUGCCUAGUUACAUAAAUAUCGCUUGAUAUGUCCAAACAUAUUUCCCCAUGUAAGUUUCAUUGCAAAAAUAUAAAUCUUGUUACAUUGUGUUUUGGUCCAGACUACCCACACUAUUGGAGAAUGACUUCAAUGUUAUUGUGAGAUAAUGCUGGGACACUCAUUCCAUUUAUUUACUCCAGAUAGAGAGUGAAGCCAGGACACACAGUUCUAGUCAGCCCUUUGUAUUCUUCUCUUCAGCAACAUAACAGCUUUUUUACAGUACUAAUUUUUACAUUGAUUGUGUAUGUGGUCUCUUUAAAUAAAACAGACACAGCGAGAAAUUAAAACACAAUUUUCAACAGACAUAAAUAUUGUAUUAGCUUCAGUGACGCGAUAUGUAAGUAUGCUAUCCCCGGUAAAAUAUAACAAACUUAAUGCAACUCUGGAGCUGUACUUGGUUGAGUGCACACGCAUUUAACAUACACAUAGUUAACAUUACUUACCUCUUAACUAAUGCACAAUCACCUUGAAAGGACAACUUGGUAUUGAUCGCAGCAUUUAGCGGUAAUCUCUGCUAUCGAUAAAGGCUUUUUAGAACCCCCCAAACUGCCCGUUUCUAUGCCAAAACAAAAAUGGGUUAAAUCUCAAACAGGUGCCUGAACAAAAACUUAAAGUGGUUUCACACCUAAAAAAAAUUGAAACUAUAACACACACCAUAAUAAAACAGUUGUAUCUGUUUGAUCUCAUUUGAAUGGAGCUUUGAAUGAUCAUUAUUUAUUCCUGUAUUUGCCUUUAAAGGUGAUGGAUGUACAGUAAUGUCUUCAGCAUUUUAAUAAGCCCUGUAAAGAAUUCCAUUAGUGUGUUACAUGAUUUUGUAAUUGUCUUUUUUAGAUGAAGAUGGAAACAGCCAGUCCGAAAGUGAGGAGAGACUUCCAGACCUCCCACUUCUCAGUGAGCAGCUUUUAUUGGAUGAACUCUGGGACAUGCUUGGAGAGUGUCUGAAAGAGUUGGAGGAGUCCCAUGACCAGCAUGCCGUACUGGGUAAGGAAAUCAAUGUCUUUGUGCUGCAUAUGAUUCUCAUACUGUAGUAGAGCGUGCUGAAGUGGUAUUUUUACUUGUUUGCCCAGUUCUCCAGCCUGCUGUGGAGGCCUUCUUCCUGGUCCACGCCACAGAGCGAGAGAGCAAACCUCCUGUGAGGGACACCAGGGAGAGCCAACUAUCUCACAUCAAAGAUGAGCCUCCACCUCUGUCACCAGCACCUCUAACACCAGCCACCCCGUCAUCCCUCGACCCCUUCUUUUCCAGGGAACCAUCCUCCAUGCACAUCUCCUCAAAUCUGCCACCAGACACUCAGAAGUUCCUCCGCUUUGCUGGUGAGCUUGAGGUGGAGAAGGAUUUAGCUUUGUUCUCCUGUGUAGAUAAGUGGCUAACAGUUUUUGUUCUUCCUUGUUAGAAACUCACCGCACAGUGCUUAACCAGAUCCUGCGCCAGUCCACCACUCACUUGGCAGAUGGGCCAUUUGCCGUCUUGGUUGACUACAUACGCAUCCUGGACUUUGACGUGAAGCGAAAGUAAGGAGGAGGAUCGUUCACUUUCAAACUUUGUACAUAGCCUUUAGGGUUUUACAUAUACUCAUCCGCUCCUCCUUUUGUCUCCCUGCAGGUACUUCCGUCAGGAGUUGGAGAGACUGGAUGAAGGCCUCAGGAAGGAGGACAUGGCAGUGCAUGUGAGGAGGGAUCACGUGUUUGAGGACUCCUACAGGGAGCUUCAUCGCAAGAGCCCAGAGGACAUGAAGAAUAGGCUGUAAGGCUCCUCUGCUCUUUUACUCAUGUUUGUAUCAUCUCAGUGAAGAUUCACUCAACUCAACUCUGCUCUCAUCUUUCACAGGUACAUUGUGUUUGAAGGGGAGGAGGGCCAGGAUGCCGGUGGCCUGCUGAGGGAGUGGUACAUGAUCAUCUCCCGUGAGAUGUUCAACCCCAUGUACGCAUUGUUCCGCACUUCUCCAGGCGACCGAGUCACCUACACCAUCAACCCCUCAUCUCACUGCAACCCCAACCACCUCAGCUACUUCAAGUUCGUUGGCCGCGUGGUUGCCAAGGCGGUCUAUGACAACCGGUUAUUGGAGUGUUACUUCACCCGCAGCUUCUACAAGCACAUCCUGGGCAAGAGCGUCAGGUAUGUGAGCUCCUGGCAGUCAUAGCCGAGGGUUCAGAUGAAACAAAUCCAAGCUACACUUUGCAGCCAGAGUUUCAUGGCUUACUGCUAGUAAGUUUGCUGCUUCCUGGGGUUCAUUAAAGAUAAUAAAUGAAUGUUGUCCUCAUAGGUACACUGACAUGGAGAGUGAGGACUACCCGUUUUUCCAGGGCUUGGUGUACUUGUUGGAAAAUGAUGUAUCCACACUCGGUUAUGAGCUGACAUUCAGCACAGAGGUUUGUGUCCAUUCUCUAAACCUUUCAAUUAGCUUCAAGUGGAAAAUUGAUUCUUCGGAUGUUUCCUCUUUGUUUACUGCUGAUAUUGGGAGCAGGCCUCAAGUGUUUGAAACCCUAAAAGCUUUAUCUCCUCAGGGGAAAAGUACUGCAGCGAUAUUAUUUGGAUCAUCUUAUUUCCUUAAGUUAAAGACUUGUUGACAGUCUUUAUUGUGCUCUGUGUGUAUCCAGGUUCAGGAGUUUGGGGUGUGUGAAGUGAGAGACCUCAAGCCAAAUGGAGCCAAUAUCCUGGUGACAGAGGAAAACAAAAAGGAGUAUGUGCACCUAGUGUGCCAGAUGAAGAUGACAGGUGAGAUUAUCAUUAUUAAUCUGAGAGCUUGUUCUCCUAUGAGAAGUAAAUCUAAUUAAUAUCCACAUUAGUAUCACCUUCAAACUAUGAUUUGUGUAGAAAACAUAUGGGCUGUUCUGUUUUUAAUCAACAUUUCUAACUGGUCAGGCUUUUGUAGGAGAAAAAUAUAUUUCCAUUGAGAUUAGAAAAGGGAACAGUAGAUGGCAGCACUAUUGAAUUUUCAGCUGCUUAGUAUGCUGCAGAGAGCUCAGAGGUAUUGUCCCUUUGGAGAUUCCUGGUUUAUUAAACCCAGCACCAACCAGCUGCUGCUCGAAUACAUAAUUCAGUAUAGUUCUUAAUUUUGGCUCCUUAAUUGGAAAGAAAAAAAACACCUAAUUAUAUGAUAAAAUAAUGUUAAUUACACACCAGAUAAAGAAUAUUCUGACAGCCUCCUGUUAGAUCCCCCGAGUGAAUACUUUCACAUGUUUUGAAGGUGCGAUCCGCAAGCAGCUGGCGGCCUUCCUGGAGGGAUUCUAUGAGAUCAUCCCCAAGAGGCUGAUCUCCAUCUUCACUGAGCAGGAGCUGGAGCUGCUCAUCUCUGGCCUACCUACCAUUGACAUCGAUGACCUGAAGGCCAAUACUGAAUACCACAAAUACCAGUCCAGCUCCAUUCAGGUAUGUAUGAGUGAACACGAACAUCUCUGCUCUUAAACUGUCCCCUGCAGUCCUUCCUACAUCUGUGUAGUAAUUAUAGGUGGAUAUGUCCAUGUGUAAUUUUUGGUACAUUUUCAGAUGACAUAGAGUUGUUUGAAAUAAUAUCAGGUAGUUGUGCAAUCCGAAUCAUUAAUGGCCACAAAACUGAGUGUGUGGAAUUUGUUUUUUUAGUGCAGCACAUUACGCUCAUUUUUCUGUGUCAGAUACAUACAGAAAUCAAACAAUGCAAAACUUGAAGACAAUGUAGAUACAAGUUACUUAAGGUGAUCUUUUAGUUUUGUUUUAUUCGUAAGGACAGUAAGGCAAAAAAACUGUUCUUAAAUCUGGCUGAGUUAUCAAAGGGUUUGAAGCUUUAGAGUAUUUUCCCCACAGAAAAUCUUGACAAAAUGAUCUUUGAGCUGACGUCUUUUGUUUUCUCUUUUUAUAUUUGAUCCAGAUCCAGUGGUUCUGGCGAGCUCUGCGCUCCUUUGACCAGGCAGACCGGGCAAAGUUCCUCCAGUUUGUUACUGGCACAUCCAAGGUUCCACUCCAGGGUUUCGCCGCUCUGGAGGGCAUGAACGGCAUUCAAAAGUUCCAGAUCCAUCGUGACGAUCGCUCCACUGACCGCUUGCCAUCUGCUCAUACCUGGUAAACCCACACAAAGAAGUUUGCAAAGCUUCAAUUUUUAAUUCUGUUAAAGAACCUAAUUUGUAAUAAUCAUUUUCUGUCCUUUUGAACCAUCAGCUUUAACCAGCUGGACCUCCCAGCUUACGAGAGCUACGAGAAGCUGAGACAUAUGCUGCUGUUGGCCAUUCAAGAAUGCUCAGAGGGAUUCGGAUUGGCUUAAACUAUGAGACUCUUAACACACACGGACAUGCAUACACUUGAUUUAGAUUUGCCUACACCUGACACACUCACACUGAUAACCUUUGAACGCACGCACACACUGUCAUAGACAUUACUGGAUAACUUGUUGAAUUGCCUAGACUUCCUGGUUUCUAUUCCGUAUAAAAACAGUUAAAACCAGCAAGUGAAAUGGACUGAUUGACAUUGCAUACAACACAGAGAGCCUCAUGUUGACACAAUUGUGUCUCCCUUUCCAAUUAAAUGGCAAAUGCAAGAGUGGAUUCAGAAGAUAAAACAUGGACUAAUAUAAGAGAUGUUUUCUUCAUUUAGUUUGAUUUCUCUGUACAAAAGGUUUGGGAGUUUAUUAUGUUUAAUCUUUUUUGUUCUCUGGCUGUGUAAAAAGAAAAAAGAGAAUGUUGUUUGAACAGGAUGGUUAUAAAACCUUUGGGGAAAAAUGUUGGUGGUUUCUUGUUGCAAAUUUGUGACCUCACAAGCCUUGAUGAUGGGGAACAUUUUUAUGGGGGGUAUAUGAACAACUUGAGUUUUGGAGAUAUUCACAAAAAUGCACUUUUCAAAGUUUUGUGGCAUUUUUAAGGAAGGAUGGUACAAAAAAAAACUGAAGAGAAAACCUGAAGGAGAUUAAAAAAAACAUUAACCUUAAAUUCUAGAGUAUUUUUGGCUAUUAAAUCGCUGAACCAGCCUUGAGCCUUUGAAUCAGAGUGGAAUAACUACAUGAAUAAAUGCAUAAAAUUGCGUCUAUUGUCUCUUUUAACCGUGUAAUAACAUCACAUGCAGUCAACCCAUCUCAUCAAAAUUAUCAAAACAGAGUAGCUAUUUUACUGUUGUCAUUCAAAAUAUUUUCUAAUGUCUCUUUUCUAUUUCCCAGUUUGGUAUUAUAUCCCUGAUGAUUCUGCGACGAGUAAAAUCAAACUCAUUGAUCUUUGAUGAAUCAGACAGACUGUCACUCAUGACGGUAUCAUUCACGCAGAGGAACAAACGUUUUGUGAUACAUGCCAUCCUAGAGCACAUUUCUCAUGCAGUACUAAAACCCUUCAGGCUUGGACAGCCAUCGGGGAGCCUAUCAUGGAAACUGUUGUAGCGGUGCUGUCGUUUGGCAUACUGACACUGACCCAGGGUUCCCUUUGGUCUUGAAUGACUGACUGCACUCUUAUGUCUCACCGCUCACAGUAUCCCCCUUUGCUCCCUUUUCAUUACUGAUGAAUAAAAGCUGUCUGACAUUUUGACAGCAGGAUAGACUCGUUAAACGGCAAAAGAAACGAUUAUAUUCAUGUGGAGGUGAGGGAUUUCCCUGGUAAAUAAGUAAAAUUACCCCAGCUUUUACUGCUUUGAAAAUUCUCUUUAAUUUAGAUCAUAAAAAAAAGACUAUUUUACUUAAGAUGUAGAGAAAUUGUAGCUAGAGAGUUUAAACAGAAUUGUAUUGGAUAUUCAUGCAACAUUUAGUAUGAGUGAAAUAGUAUUUUUACCACUUACUAGCAUGUUUUUAGUAGGAAUUUCCCGAUCCAAUAUUGAUAUCGGAUAUCGGUCUGAUAUUAACAAAAGAAGAAUAUCAGUUUAUAUCGGCCUGCAUCUAAAAUCUCUGAUAUCAGCACUCUGAUAAAAGCAGUCUAUUCCAGACUCCGCUACAGCAUCUCUAUGUAGCAGCGCCCGAAUUCAGCAUGCAGAGCCCAUGUUAUCACAACAGUGCAAAGUAGCAAGGAGUAGGAGUGAUGUCGGCCGUGUCGCAGUGCUUUUCAUUUAUGCUCAAAAAAGACAUUUCAGCUCAAUGAAGAGAUGAGAUUAAUUACGGUAACUGCCAGAAGUUAUUCAAGGAAGCUAAUUUAUGUCCUUGGUUAUGUCAGCUACAAGCUUACAAUAGAAUAAAAUACAAUGAUGGACUGAGAAGUCCCCCUGUACAGGCAGUUAAGAGUAAUAUUAGAUUUUUGUGAAAAGUAAUUAUGAGAUCUUGAUGUCAUAUUUAUGAAAUCUUUUCUAGUAAUUACAAGAUAAGGUGUCUGAUUUUUUUAUGAUCCAGUGAAUUCAAUGGGCUUUUGUAGAAACUGACUCCUGUUUCGGGAAGUUAUUGGGUCUGUGUUGGCUGCUAGCCGACAGACAUAAAAAAAGAAAGAAAAUUAAAACCACUUUGAAAUAUUAUGUUGCUGAACACGUUAGUGGAAAGCAAAUGCUCACACGACUGUACACCACACACCAUGCAGAGGAUGACUCAAGGAUGUCUGUGUGCUUCUUUAAUCCAGGGCACUCCUGAAACUCCUUAUUUGUAUAAAUUGGAACAGGACUGUCUCAACUUGAAAAUCUGAAGUCUUGCGUUAAUUUAGAAAUAAUUUAUUAUGUUUGAUUGCCAUUAUAAGACCUAGGCUACUUCUCCUUGUUCUGCCUUAUAUCUAUUUGCCUCUUCCUCUAAUACCCUUUCAUGGUUGCAUUGUUCCCCCCUUUCAGUCUCCUCCUGUAUAUCUCUUUCCAUCCUCUUGUAUCUGCUGCUGCAUUUGUUCCACAUGAAGACCUGCUACAAAAGUGGAAAUCCAAUCCCGAUCACCACCUCCACGACUGCUCAUGUCCCGCUGCAGCCUCUCGGACCCUCCCCCAGCCUCACAGAAAAUCUAAACACAGGUUGCAGAAUGGGGAGCUUCCAUGUCUGAUUUGGUGUGUGCUGAGGCAUGAUAAAUGAAAUUACACUGCUGUCAUGCAGGGAUUUCAGGCCCCACAGUAAGCCCUGGUUUUACAGUACAUUUGCUGGCCAGAUUUUUGCACCCUGCCCCCCUUCCUGUGCAGAUGCAAUUUUCUAUAAGCCACGCUUGAUUUAAGUAUUCUGUAGGCAUCUGUUGCUGCGUGGAAGCUUGAUUUGCAAUUAAAAAGGGAAAAUAAUUCAUUCAUGCAGGGAAUUUGCCCGGUGAAAGAUUUCACAAUACAUUUCCUCACAAGUACAUUAACUGUUACGCCACUCAGGGGAGUUUAACUUUCCUGCUGAAGAAAUUAUGCAGCAGUCUUGCUGGUGUCUGUCCUGUAAACUGUCAAAUAGAUGGAGAUAUCAGAGGUAGUGCCAGAUGAGCUGUAAAUGCAUUGUGUCAGCUCCUCCACUGGGUGGGGAUCAUUAGACUAAGUAGAAUGAACAGGAUGUUCCCCGUCAUAUCAUCUCCAUGUCAGUGCAUUUUGAUUUUUUAGCAGAGUCACUUUGUGAUCUUUUUCAUUUCACGCUCUGGGAACAAUUUUACAGUGCCUGUUGCAAGAAUUUAAAUUAUUUGUACGUAAGAAGUCACUAAUGCUUUUAGCUUAAAUGUGAAUGAGAGUGUGACAAAUUCUAAAAUUGUCAGACUGUGGUGUCUCAGCUUUUUUCUUCCAUUCUACAAAAUGAAAAGCCAGCGGAUGGGUUAAAAGGCAGAGUAAGCCAUGAAAGCCACUUUGAAAACAGAACUCGUAGGUAGAAAAGACACAAUAGUGAUGCCUCCUCAUGCAAGGGGAGCCAAGGAGAAAAUGAAGUGGGGUGGAGUUCAUUAAUAAUGGCUACUUUGUGUAUGAGCCAGAAAGCUCUCAGCCUAAUACAUUUUACUACUGCUGUCGUCAGUGUCUCCAGAAUAAAUCACAAUAUUACAGCCCCCACCCAGCAAAAUGAAAAAGGGCCUCUUUAGUGCAAAGCACAGACGGGCAAGGGGACAAAUCCAGUUCAUUAGAGUAAAUGGUUUAAUUCUAAUUAGCCAAAGAGAUAUUUAUACUGGAGAAAACUGAUGGAUGUGCUUAACCCUUUAUUGCAUAAUUUAUCCACUACUUCUAUAGAACUAAAGGGAAAUGGUUUAGAGUCAAAAACUAUUCAUAAUCAAUUACUGAUGGCCUCAUUAGCAGCGGCACUGCUAGUUGAGCAACAGCAUGCAGUGACAUUGUCCCCCAUAGAUUAGACUAGCAUACUAGAUCACGAUAGAUAGAUAGAUAGAUAGAUAGAUAGAUAGAUAGAUAGAUAGAUAGAUAGAUAGAUAGAUAGAUAGAUAGAUAGAUAGAUAGAUAGAUAGAUAGAUAGAUAGAUAUUGCCCUUUUUUUAAGUCUUUGAAUUUCAUAAGCAACCCUGUGCUCCAAAAUGAUUUAGUUAAGGAGGAAUUUGAUGGAUCAAGGUGGACAGAAGCAGUCCUCCGUUUUGACAGCAGCCCGACAUGUUAGCGAGGGUGUUAUGUGCUCCUGUGAAUCUGUCGGAUUUGUCAUCACCUCCUGAUUAGACUGCUAUCUCUGCUUUGCCUGUGAGGACAGGAACUGAGGGAAGGAUAGCCACAGAAAUUAUUGCUUCUCCUCAGAGGAGCUGAUGACAGACAGUGACCAAUCUUUAAAAAAUGCAAUGUCAUUCAGUCACUGAUGUACUCGUGCACGUGAGUGUGUUUUGUCUUGCAGGUGGAGGGGACAGUCAGUCAGCUAGGGAUGCAGUUUGACUCAGGUGGGUGCAUGUCAGGUGCUUUUUUUGUCACAAGCUUGUGCACCUUUAUGCCACUGUCUCCAGACCCAAACCAGGGGUGACAGUCUGUCAACUCGAAAGGUCAAAGCCUUUAUUACCUCUGAGCUUCCAAAGCAACUGUGGUUGAUAUGUAUUUGCAACAAAGCUUCUUUAAACUUCCCCUCCCUUCAGAGGCACAGCAGUGGUCACCCUGUGGCCUUUUCUAGGAGACAAACCACUGCAUGAAAUUCAGCCCUGUCAUAUUACAGAUCAUCAGCUACUGAAGGUUAUCAUUUGGAAAAGCAAUUUUGAAGAGAGGGCUGUAAUAUAGCGGCAGCAAUAACUGCAGCGGUAUCUGCUGGCACCAUCUAAAAUAAGCAGCUUAUUUAUCUGCAGAUAUCACGUGGAAAUGUUCACGGUGCAAAAACAUCUCAUCUUGGUGACAUUUUUACGGCUUCAUCAUUACACAGCUUUAAAAUGCUAAUCCUUGGAUGAUGUAAUUCCUGCAUUGUG